AUGCCCAAGUCUUCACCUUGCGUUUCCCCGUGGUCCUCCCUCUGGCUGGCAUCUCUGGCUUCUUUAGUAGUGCAAUCGGUGCUCUCUUCCUCCUACUCUUCCUCGUCUACAUAUCAGAGAUCUGGAACCAGCGGGAAGCGACCGGGCUUCAUGGAGAGGACACUGAUCCUGCUGGAUGUCAACACCCGCAGUCCGAUCAGAGUCCUCAACGACAACUUCCUCUCUCUGCAGCUGGACCCCUCGAUCAUCAAAGACGGCUGGUUGGACUUUCUGAGGUACCGAAGAGCUUUUGCGACAACAUGAACCACUGCUGAAAGUUUGGUGCCUCUCAUAAUCAUUGCGCAUGCAGCCACGUUGUCUAAUGGAGUGAAGUAGCACGUUUCUUCCUGAGUCAGAGGGCUGUAUUUAGAAGUCUAAUGCUCCAAAUCAGGGAGUUAGUUUUCACGAGAUGAUCAAACUCAGACUCCUGUGAUCAUUUAGUUCAACAUACAUCAGUUUUGUGGAGAUAGUGUCACUGCAAACAUUAGGUUCAUCUGUGAGCCUCUAACUCGUCUCGUUUAAUAACUUACAUUACGCAAAGUUUGGCCUGAGCUUAAAUUUAUUAUCACGUCUGAUUCUGCUCAUGCUCUUUUACACUUGCAUAAACAGAGAAUUAAUUGAGAUGAACUGACUUCCGCAGGCUGUGAUUUCAUGAUUAUUUACUUCAGCGUGUUUCUUUGAGCGUUUAGGAUAAAAAUCAAAAGACUUUAAUCUGUUCCUCUUAAAUAACAUUUCCAGUUUUUAGAUUUUUCACUAAAGUCAAAGUCUAGGAAAGGUCAGCUUAGGUCAAACUUUAGUCACUUAGUUUUUGGUGGCACAUAUCAGACAGUGUAACUGAGCGAAUGCACGUAAAUCGCAUAGUGCUUGCAGAAACAAUCCUGACUAACAGAGCUCUAACUUUGUUUUUUAGUUUACAUUCAUACUGACAUAAAUACAGAUACACGCGUUUCAGUCUUCUCCUCCUUCUUGUUAUUUUACAAAAAACACAUUUAGGCGAUUUAUAAUUUCCCAAUCCAACAACACAACGGCCGGAGCGGUUUUUAUCAUCAUUUAUUUCUUCAAAAUAAACUCAUCAACUUUAUUCAAGGCUGCUGGGACACUGUUUAGUUAUUUCAAAAUUAAUACCAAGUAAAUCAGAGACAUAUUCACCAAUUAUAAUUUUAGAAGCUUCAUGUUAAAAAGGCUAAAACAACUCCAACAGCAGCACAGCGCCGUGAUAAAAUAGACUUACAUUCAAUUCAUGCAACUUUAGUAAACUUAGAGUAAAUAAAUUAUAUAAACCAAACUGUAAAUUAGGCCUAUACACAAAAAGUAAAAUAUGAGGUUUAUUCUGCAAUAGUCGAUAUGAAUAAUUAAAGUAAAUAAUAUUUUAAAAGUGACCUAUACGGUUCAUUUUUCGGAUAAAAUGUAACCAGUCUUUUAUGCCACAUUUUCCCACGAUACUUCUAAACUGUUCGUAUAAAUGAUUUUGUUAUAGUCCAUCAAUAUUUUAGCAAAUUUUUAAAUGUGUGUUAACUGCAGAGAGCACACAAAGCAAUAAAAGGACUGCUUUGUUUUUAAUUUAUCUACAGCUGCAGGGAUGAAGAGAAAAAGCAGCAGAUUAUUCGAGGGUUUCUGUUGACAUUUCUGCACCCCUACAUUUCCGUAAAAUUGGACAUAUUCCCAGGAAAUCCUUGCAGCUCCUUCACAUUCUGAUUCUGUAUUACUUCAUCCCCUCGCUCCUUCUUUUACUCACUGUAGCUGCUCCUUCCCUCCUGCUGUCAGAUCAUGUUGAAGCUCAGCCUGUUGCUCCGGGCCUCUGGUGUCAAUGAGGAAAACAGGAGUCCAGUUUUUAGACAAGGCCCACCGAGCUGUAAUGGUUUCAGCAGAGUUCUUGCGUAAAGACUGAGAUUUCCUGUUUUUGUAAAGCGGAUUUUUAACGCCUGGAUUUUUCUUAUUUUGUGUGAAGUUAACAGAGCGAGGCUUUAGUAAUGCAGCAGAGAGAAAAAGGGCGAGCCGCUUUGUCUCAUUCAGAGCCAUAAACACAGAUUCAAACACACACACGGCGUCAUAUUUACGCACUUACGUAGGUGUCACCGUGUCCCGCGUGUGUCCGCAGCUCCAAACGGCUCGUGACCUUGGCGCGCGGCCUGUCGCCUGCCUUUCUGCGUUUCGGUGGAAAGAGGACCGACUUCCUGCAGUUCAACAACCAGAAGAACCUGGCUAAGUUCAGAGGGCCGGGACCAGACUAUUACCUGAAGAACUACGAGGACGGUAAUUAUACACUUAACACUCCCCGUCAAAGUCCAAUUAUUACGUUUUGGUUUUACUGUUUUAGGUAGGCGAGUUUUAUUGUUGUAUUUAAAACAGUAGAGGACAAUAUACGACACGCCUUUAGGGUGGAAUACCUAAAUUAAACAGCAACAAUAAAGUAGCCUAAAGCUGCCGAAAGAGUGACACAAAUUUAACGUUAUUCAUGAAGUUGGACUCAUAUCGGCGCUUGUAUUACACUGCAUUAGUUAGUAGGGGAGAGUGGGGUAAGAUGAGCCAUCAAGGCGAUCUUAGUUUUGUCUCUAACUAGUGUAUCUGCAUAUAUUUUAAGAUGUUGUUCAUACCCGCAAACCAACAGAACGAGUGUAAACAGAACUGUAAUCUUGAUAAUAUAGCAUGACAAAACAAAGUGGUCUCCUAUGGUCAACUUAACUCUCCACCCCAGCCCUCCCUCACCUUCUCUCUCCCUAAAUAACAGUCACUUCUUCACAUUCAUGUUUUUUUUUAAUCUGUUAUACACUAUUCAACUGGUACAAUAAUUCUUCUUAUUAAAAUUAUUGCAUAUAACUGCUAAAAAGCUGUUUUGUAAAAAGCCAUUUUAACAUGAGAAUGUGAUUCAGAACAUUCACAGCUGUAUUUCUGAAAAGAAAAAGUCAAACAUUUCAACAAUCUGAACUGAAACUCUGAUCCUCUCAUCAUGCUACCAGAACUACUAUGAUGACUCUAUUAGUCCUCUAAGCUAAAAUGGUGGACUUUUAUGUUAGGUUUUUGACCUCAUGUUGUAGCUCAUAGAUACCACAAUUGAUGUAUAAAACAAAUUUAAAAUGAUCUUUUUUUGGUCUGAACACAAUUCUAAUAAAACUUAUGACAGACUAAAUUCACUUUAAAGAGUGAAAAAUGUUUUUUUUUUUUGUAAAUGAAUGUCUAACCCCUUCACCCAUGUGCUUCUAACCGUCACAGACUCCAUGAAUUGAUGCCCAUCUCCUAAAUAUUUGGUCACAUGAUCAAUUUCUUCUACCAUUUCCAAGCAACAGGGGGUGGCUCAACUUACCCCACUCUCCCCGACACCUUUAGGGUGGAAUACCUAAAUUAAAGAGCAUUAAUAAAGUAUCCUACAGCUGCCAAAACAGUGACUCAUACAGGUUCUUGUAUUACUCUGCAUUAGUUGGUAUUUAUAAAACGCAACAUACCUUGUAAAGCAUAUGUAGUGGUAUAAUUAACUAAAUUAAUAAUCAGGUCUUAAACUGUAUGAAGACUAAUACAGUUGUGCAGUCUUAAAUUGCAAAACAAACAUUGAAACAAGCUCCUUCAGUGAAAGUACAACACUGAUAUUAAUGUCGCAUGCAUUUCUCCUUUUUGACGCCCCUUUGCAGACAUAGUGCGCAGUGACAUUGCAUUGGACAAACAAAAGGGCUGCAAAGUGGCCAACCAUCCUGACAUAAUGCUGGAGCUGCAGAGGGAGAAAGCCGCCACCACACAGCUCGUCCUGCUGAAAGAGCAACUGUCCAACAUCUACAGCAACAUCACGAUAACAGGUAGGAGAUCACACACACACACACAAAAAAAAAAAUAGGUCUCUUUUUCUCCCUACAUGUUGCACUUUUUCAUUCGGCUUGGUCUUGACUCUGGAGGUUACUCGCAUUCGUAUACGUGUGCGCUUACUUGCCUGUACUUACACGAGGUUCAAAGCAUGCCAAUGGAAACCAUCAGCUUUCAAAAUGACAAAUGUAAUUUGUAAAGAAGGAAUGUGGGGAUGGAUAGAGGGGUGCAGCGGCAGAAAGUUGUAAACAAAGCGCUGACGCUUUCAUUUGUUGCACUUAACCUGACCGCAGAAGACAUCUCAGUCUCGAUUUUGGGUGGGCUGUAUUACUUAUCUUUUACUGAGAUGCAAACAAGAGAGUAAAUGAGGAAUGUGUUCAUUGAAUUAUCAUUUAGCAUUUGACUUUGGCCAGGACUUUGUUGUAAGCAGCCGUAUAAAGACAGUGUCAGUCUUUAUAGUCUUCAUUUAAAAUUGAUGAAUAUGCGUGUACAAUUACAAAAUGUGAAUUUUUUUUAAUCACAGAUUAAGCUUUGAAGUGAUCUGUUGGUAUUCUCGUUAGGGUUUCAUAGAGCAAAUUAAAACUACGUAUGUUAAUUUGAUAAUAGACUGUCAGCUACUGACCUACAUAAAUAAAUCAAUAAACCACACAACUGUUUAGCAGAUUCUCCGGGGAAUAAUACACCCUUGCUAUUUUUAGUCUUUACUUCGGUGUCUUGUUUUUGCACAGAAACACUUAGAGACACAGUGGGUGUGGAGCUUUUCAGCCCACCAGAAUUAUUGCUCCAAACAGCUGUGGAUCUGAGAAUUCAUUGCAGACUCAUUGGCAGACUCAAAAGAAAGAUGGCCUGGUGUCACCAGAGCAAUCCACCUUGUUGAAUGGGUCUGGAACCGUUCAAUUAAUUUCCUUUUUACCAGGGAUACUGGCAAAAGCUGUGUACAGAUGUGCCCCCGGGGGGAGAUUGGUCAGACCUGUAACCAAUCAGAUUAAAGCAGCGUGUGCCGUAUUGCAUAGCAAUGAAAAAUAUGAACAGACGGUGGCAAUGAUUUCUCUUUCCGAUGAGCGUAGGUGUUACAUUUUGAUUUACAGAAAGUACAUGAUCCAGUUUGUUUAAAACAGCUGCUUUAGCACAUUUAUGGACCUCCCUGUGGCAGAAGCUUCAUUUUGGCUGUGUUAUGUUAUGUAACCUGUUUUAUAAAUACAGGACUAUGACCAGGUUGGUGUAUCUGACACCGAGGGGGAAUUGUUUAAAAUGACACGACACCGCCAGACGAGGAGAAUAUAUUUUAAUGUUGAAACUGAACAGACUUUUUAAAGGGUUAAAAGUGAAAAUACAGCACUGCUCCGUGUAGACCUAGAGCGUGUAGACCUUAGUUGUGCAUUUUGGACAGGCUUGGACAGAAAAGGCUCCAUUUUUACCCAAAGUGAAACCAGUGAGAGGUGUCCAAAUAUUUUCAAUUGUCAUCGGUGGCCUCGCCUGAGUGUGUUUUUAAUGUGUUUUCCAUGUUUCCAGAAGGUCCCUGGGAAGAAGCAACUGUCUGCAAGUUUGCAAUGAUUGAUUAAGGUGGAUUUGAUGGAUAUAUAUAUAUAACUAUACUAAAUUUUCAAACAGUCUCAAGUGCGUCGGUCAAAACACAGCCUUGUUGAAUAAUUUAUCAAAGUAGGCAGAUGCAGAGAGUAAGAUGUGGGCUUGUUUUUGUGAGGAGUCAUGUCAGGAGUCCUGAAGUAAACGCUGCAGCUGUGCUUAGAGGUUACAGCUCUUUGGUUUCUAAUUUGCUGAUGAUCACCAUUAACCUAAUAUUGUUAAGUCAAUAAUACUGGUUGUGAAACUGUGAUCAUGUUUCUGAGGUUCCUGGAGUAGUGGUGUCAGAAAAUGGGUUUAUGGUGGCCAGUUUGAAGGGUGCAUUGUAUUUAAAAUGUAUUUAAGUUCAAGUAAAAUGUUAAUUGACAUCAUGGUGUCUGUAACAAUUCCACAAAUUUAUCAACAUAUGUAAUGAUAACCAUAUUUGGUCAACAUGCGGGCACAGCAAAAAACAAAACAAACAACAAACAAACAACCCCCCCCACCCCCCACAAUGUUAGAAAAAGAUGAUAAAAAUAGCCUAUAAUGAAACAAUAUAAGAUUUUAAUGUUUAAGGAUUUAAAAAACUUCAAUUUUAACAUGCAGGGAGAACAGUAAAGAUAAUAAAAAUGAUAAAAUCACAACAGUCACAUCCAAAAAAUCUGUUAAAAAAAAACAGAGCUCAUGUUUGACACAACAGUACGGUUAUUGAACCGAAGUGAAUUGAAUUUAAAUAGUUUAUUUUGAGGCAGUAAAAAAGAAACAAAUCUCCAAACAGACAUUAAGACCCCAAAACACCAAAUCUAUAGACAAUGCAAAUAAAAAUAAUAAUAAUAAUGAGCAAUAGCAGUUUUGUGUAAAUGUCUAAAAAAGGGUAAUAAGAAGUAAUAUUUUUAAAAACAACACAUAGUCUUUAACAAUAAAAUUAUUUUGCCUUUACAUAUUUGGAAUUAUUAUCCAUAUAAGUGUGUGUGUGUGUAUAUAUAUAUAUAUAUAUAUAUAUAUAUAUAUAUAUAAUAAAAACUAAUAUAAUAAACCAUAAUAAACCAGAAAAUGAAACAAACAGCUCCUGUCUCCCACAUGUGAUAUGUUGCUAAUUUUCUUCAAAUUAUAACCAUGUUGCUGCAAAAUCCUGCGCCCGCUUCCUGUCAUUAACAGGAUAUUAGGGCCUACUACAACAAAUAGAUAAUGUGCUCAGCUGCAGCAUGGAGGCUUUUCAGAGCAGGUUAAAGUUGAUUUAACAAAUACUGAUUAAUUUAGGAAAUAUGCCAAGUAAAUAUUUACUUUUGCGCAGACUGUGAUUACUUUGGUUAUUUGCUUUAAAUUUAAAUAUAUAAAUAUUCUGAUGUAUUGGGUGGGCCCAGUGAUGAAAUACAAGUGGAAAAUAUUGGCACAGCACCACUAAAGGGGAUAAGUAAUCCUCAGUGGGUCUUUUAUCCCUCAGGCUGAAUAUUUUGGCAUCAUUUCACUGAUUGAUUUGCGCCCCUUUGGAGGAUUGUGUCAUUUCAGAUGGGAACUUCUGCUGGCUUAAUGGUUUAUAGUAAAUAGUGAGAAGUAAGGCCGACAUAAAGUGGCAUCAUGCUGCUUUUGAGCGGCUGCCAUUGUUGUUAUCUGGCACGUCAGCAGGGAAGCAGAGGACGAAGCCAAGCAGAAGGGUUUUAUUCACAGUGAGCUGAUUUGCUGUGAAAUGUUCUCACAGAUACAGUCAUUCACGCUUUUUUGGAGAUCUUAACUUCACGUGAUAAUGAAAACUGUGAGAAUCAGAGAGGGAAUGACAUGCAGCGAAGAGCCAAGGGGUGGAAAUCAAACCAGAGAGGAUUCAGUGAGGAUUUAUGCUGCAUAAGUGAGGCUACGGCUAGUUAGCUUAGCUUAAAAACACAAUGUGAUACAAUACAAGAUGUAAUAAUGAUAAUAAUAAUAGUAUUUAUACAUUUUAUUUAUCAUGCGCUUUACAUUUGAGAAAACAGACCUCAAAGUGCACAUUAGUAUAAGGCAAUAGUAAAUCUAUCUGGCUAAAUCACCAUGGUAACUUACCCUAAACUCAUCAUCCUUUCAGAAACACAGCUUUAAACCUCAGACAUACCUUUUAGAUCAUCACCUGGUGAAGUAUGAAGCAUUUUGUAACCUUAACCUAAUCUACCACCUCCAGCCUUGCUCACAUUUGUUGCAAAAAUCCCUCUUCAUGUGACGAUAUGAUACCACAUGACAAAAAAAACUGAUGUGGUGCAAUAGUAAACAAUAUACUAAGGUAACAAUACAACAGGAAACAACACAAUUUGUGAUGAUAUAAUAUACUAGGAUAAGCUACAGUAUGUGUACAGUACAGCACAGUUUGAUAUGAUAAGCAGAAGCUGAACUUUUUAAGAAAUUAAACUGAUGCAGAAGUGCUGAAAAGUGAAGUUCCCCAGAGUGUUAGCUCGAUGCCGAGGAAAUCACAUACAUGCUCAUUCAAAAAGGCAAAACAAACACGUUUACAGCUUGUUUGAAACAAUAAUGUGGGCUGGAAUAGUUCAUCUUUUCUCUGAACACACAGUACAGUGAGUGGAUAUUUUACAAUAUACUUAUUUAGAAGAUGUUUGACUGAUUACUGGCACAGCUGACCCGACUGAAAGUUAGGCUGUUGUAACUCAAGAGUAUCUCCAUGUACAGUCUGUAGAUGUACUUUGGAUACUGUGUCCUCUGUCUGUAACUUAAAUAAAACAACAAACAGAGUGUAUGGAUAAUUUGACAGACAUGCUAAAGGUUGAACAGCUGGACUCUUAUACUUCACUGAUUGAAAAAUCAAGUGUGUAUAGUAAAGACAGACUGACAUGUACGUAUAUGGCGUAUAUGCCCCAGACACCCAUAUAUUCCCGGUUGAUUACUAUGGCAGCUGCUUAAAGAACGACAAAUAAAUGAUUUCCUCUCUGUUUUGUUUCGCUCAUGAAGCUUACAUUAGCCCAUGUGCUAAAAAGGUCAUCACUGACAAUUACAUACUGUAAAUUGAGGGUUAAUGAUAACCCUCAAAAUACAGUAUAUAACGUUAUCCAAGCAAACAACUGUAAAUGUCGUGUGAAGUGUGCACUAAACACAUUAGCUUUUCGAUGGUCGCCUCUAUCCUGAUAAGAAAAGAUAAGAUAAGGAGAACAUAUCUUGUAUUAUUAGACUGGAUGGAGGCGCAUUUAACGUCGCAUUUAUUGCAUUUAACUAAAGUCUCGUGUGUUUUUGCUGGUGUUUUAGUUUCGACACAUUAUGGUCACUCCCUCUUUUCUGGAGCCCGACAGCACAAGACCAACAUUUUCAGACUUUUGUUUCCCAAACUAGCCUGUGGUGGCAGGUUUUGUUUCUCUCCAGUUUUUCCUUCUUUUACCUUUGGCUAACAACGCAAAGUUGUCAUGACAACAGCACUCAAAGGGUCAAUAUUGAAGUUUAAAGGUGGGGUAGGCAUGUAAACUCUACCCCUCCCAACCAGUUAUCCCCUCAGCUCCUCCUCUCCCCUUAAGCCCCGCCUACAAACAGACGCUCCUGCUCACUCGUAUCGUUCCAAUUAAAUUCAGAUAUAAUGCAGAUAAAUACUCAGAGAAUUACAAAUGGGAAAGAUUACAGGGUCAAUAAGAUCCCGAAGCGUUUCCCAUCGUUUGCCUGACUGAUGUUGACCUGGUUGUCCGGUCUACCUCCAUUUUAAGCGCCCGUUAUUCCUCCAGAGUCUCCAGUGUUUACUUCGUUAUCUUGCUUGUGUUGGCAGUCUUGGCCAAAGGAGGAUUCAGACCAUUUUUCCGAACUUUCUGGUUGGUUUCUACUGUCAGAUAUUCUUGCACGCUAACUUUGUUUGGGCUUGUGAAAGUUAUUCAAGGAUGUGGAGCGCCCCUCACAACAUGAUGAAUCAGCGUCUGCCUCGCAACCAAUCAGGUUACGGGAGACAGAGAAUGGUUUUGUUUACAGUCAUAAAUGUUGACUACACAGACAUAACAAAACACAGCCAUAUUGUUAUAUUCCCAAAUGUCAUCGAUAACAAAUAGCUGUUGACUGAUAUUAAAAGCUUUUUUGUAAAUACACCACAUACAAAGAUGCUUCUUUAACAAAAUCCUGCCUACCCCACCUUGCAGUUUAAGAAUUGGCAUCUGGGAGUCAGGGGUAAUUUUAGGAUAUCUCCUCCUCAAGACUCCGGGUUUAGGGUUUUCUUUUUAUGCAACCUAAACACAUGCAGGGAGGUUAAGCAUGCAAUGUUUAAAGAAGUAAAUGAUUUAACAGAAUUAACUUUGUGUGUUCGUGUUGCUGCAUUCAUCUAAAUCCAAGAAUGCUGUGUAAGCUUGACUCUGAGCAAAGCCUUCUUGUCUCUCUGUGGUGGAGAGUCACGUGGACGCAUUAGGGAUGUGUUUAGAUAUCGUCUGGCAACAAUCAUCCAAGUUUCACUGUGUGUGUGUGCGUGUGAGCAUGUGUGUGAGCAUGUGUGUGUGUGUAAAAGCAGGUGGUGUCUAAAGGACCUUAAACAGUCUAGCUCCAUCCUUUUCCACUCACCAAUGUCUGACCUUUGACCUAGGCUUGUUACAGCUAUCAAUAAUGGGGCCUCUUGGAGCUAACAUACACUCUGUCAGUGAGGGAAUGAGAACAGAAAAUACCCCGAGCUCAGACAAGGUCAUGAUCAGAAUCAUCUCACGUCUCUCUGCGGGAUAUUAUCGCUCUAUAAGGAUCACGUUUUCACUUCUUCUCCUCUGCCUCUUUCGGUUCCUCUGAAUCCAAAACUUAACACCUCUCCUCCGCUCUCCGGCUCGUGUUUACUGUUAGUCUAGCUGUGUAUGUUGUGACUUCAUGUGAAAGUCUUCUGUUUAUUUGACACCCUGGAAAAUGAGGCAGUCAGCCUGUUCAACUUGUGACCUCAAAGGCCACGUCCGUGUGUUUAAGGCUUAAAGGCUAAACACAACUCAAUUUAGGAAUUCCUACGCUGUAUUAUUCUUGUCAUCUAAGGCCGGCUGAUCAAUAUUUGCGAACACUUACAAGGACAAAAUCUCCCCCAAACAGAGAAACUGGAGAAGCAAGAGUCAAACAUAGGAUGUUUUUAGUUAUAAGGACUGCAGCUGCUCUUGAGACCAGGGAUACGAAAUGUGUUUUGCUUUUUCUGUUGGAAGAAUCAAGGUUUUCUCUUAAAAUGUUUUCUUUGAUUUCGGGAAAAGAUAGGAAACACCACGCACACCUGAAAAGGAUUAAUGAUUUAAUCAAUAGCAGAAUCGGAGUUUGAGCCUGUUUUUGUGUCGAGCUGUGAAUGGCUUCAGUUCAGGGGAGCUGCAUCGAGUUGCCUCUGUGGUGUUUUACGACAGAGAAAAGCUGACAGCUGACAGAUGAGAUCUCACAUACAAGGACGUGGAGUUUCUUCACAGGUGUACAGUAAGGAAAAAAUACAACUUGGACAUGUAUUACAUACCUAUAGGACUGGGCGAUUUGGCAAAAAAAAUGAUCACAACAUAUAUUUUUGUAUUGUCUGACCUCGAUUAUUAUCGGUUUUUUUUAAACUGCCAGUUUUAAAGCAUCUGUAAUAAAAAACUAAAGAGAUUAGUUACCUCUGCCAAGGAGGUUAUGUUUUCGGUAGCGUUGGUUUGUUUGUCUGUGACCAACUUUACAGAGAAAGUAACAGACGGAUUGACCUGAAAUUUUCACCAGAGGUGCGUCGGAAUAAUCGGAAUAAAUCUCCGAUCAGAAUAAAAAUGUGUCAUGUAAACAUGUCGAUUGGAAGAUUUUGAUCCAGUUUGGCUCAAUCGGAAAGAAAUUCGUUAUUCCGAAACAUGUCCAUGUAAACACUUAUUCCGAUCGUGACUCUCUUACCUGACUCGAUCUUCACUCUUUAGCCUUUGGCUUAUUUAUCGAAGUCACUACAGGAGGUUUUCAUUAUUAACACUGUGACAUAAAACACAACCGCAGGUGUCGUAUCUGCUCCUCCAAUAACAUAACAAGGCGUACAUACAACGUAAUGAUGUCACAUCUGUACGCACUGCGCAACCUCUGACAGAACAGAAAAAUGAGUACGUAUGGGCGCCAUCCAGAGGCAACAUUUAACAAUUGGAUGGAGUGAGCCACUACCGUGUUUGUUGGUUUGUUGACGGCACAGGUGUAAAUACAACUCUUCUUGUUCUGCGGUUGUUUUAGCGAAAUCAGACAACUUUGCGCAUGUCCAAAUGCUUUUAAUCUGAAUAAAACUUGUAUACGUGCGUCAUGAUCGGAUUAUUUGAUUUAGCACCCAUAUAAACAAUGGAUUCAGAUUAUCCGAUUCCUCAAAUUUUUAAUUAGAUCAAGAAAUUUUGCCCAUUAACGUGGCUACUGCAUCAUAUCCAUGAUAUAUCCCAGCCCUCCAUAUGAGUUUGCCUUUUCCAAGUACAAACCUCCGCCUGCUUUCUGAGAACUGUGCUACUUACUGCUUCUUUUAGGCAAAAAUGUAAACAAAGGCUCUCUGCGUCGGCAUACUGUAUGCGGCUUUGUCGAAAUCAGACCCAGUAGUGGCAGUGACAGGCAUUAAAAAUCUCAAAAUACAAGAUGUCAAACCUUUUGGUGUUGCUCUUGUUUGCUUUUAUAGGUCGCAUGAAGGCAUCUGUGUUAAAUUCAGCCCAUUUCAUAACAAUUCAAAACACCUCUCAGUCUGUUUGAAGCACAUCUCGAAGUGUGAGAUGAGUCUCAACCCCGAAUCCGGAUGUAGAUCAGCCUGACAUCAUGAUUUGGACUCUCCUCUUUCUCUCUUGUCUAGUCUGAUCUCACGUUCGCAGUAUCAAGUGGCACAAGUGUUUACAGUGUGAAAUGAGUUUUUAAGUUUAAGUCAACACGUGGAGAGUAGACCAGACACUAAUACUCACGCCUCUCUCUUUGAACUGACACAGAGGAGCAGCAGCCACAGCCUGAAGUUUCUCAGUGAGAGCUUCAGGGCUCCAUAGAAGGGAAACAUGAGAGGAAUGACAAUACAGGAACGUGUGAAGCAAUGCUAAUGUAAUCCUGCUCUCUCAACAGUGGAUCGAAGUAAGAGCCAUUACAGCUUGUUAAAGGAUUGACUGCAACAGACCGCACAGGGACGGGCACUUUCCCAAGUGUUUUUUGGUGGUCUUUAAAGUUUGACCAAACUGAAACAAUUUCAUGAUUUACCCAGGCUAUGGCAUGCCAAAAUUCUUACCUUGGAACAUUGCAGCCAUUUUUUGGCAAGUUAUAUUGACGUGCGGAUGGAUUUGGAGCAUGUCUGACUUUUAUUCAUGAGGCUUGAAUUUCCAACAGAGCAGUAAUCAAGGUUUUGUUUUGAAGCACCUGUUUCCAAAGAUAACUUCACAACUGUUGUACUUAUGUUCAAACCUAAACCCUAGCUUUCAUUAGAUAUUACUAAUUCAAGCUGGGGCAUUUAUGUUACUUUUAUACCUACUGUGCAGUGUGUGUAACUAGGGCUGGGCGAUAUGGCCUCAAAUCAAUAUCACGAUAUAUGGAGCAGUUCACCUCGUUAACAAUAAAUAUAUGAUAACUACUCCACAAGCUGCUCACCCCCUCCCACAUUAACUUCGUCUACUUCAGCCGCUACAACUUUUGAACUGUCCUCCAUCUCCUCACCUGUCUUUCCCUCUUUGUUACGGACUGGAUGGGGUGGAGUCACGUCUCUGAUGUAGGACAGCGUCUUAAAUGGACAUAAGACCAUAGCCUACCUACACACAUCCAAAACCAACUUUUAUUUAUUCAUUUGACUCAGAAUAUACCGAUGUGGGCGAACUGUUGUUGGUUAAUGCCGUAAAAUUUUGGUAUCUGUAAAUAUUCGGUUUAUUGCCCAGCCCUAUGUGUCUCACACAGAGGGUCAUCUUGUCUGAUUGAUGUGAUGUUGGAGUGUGUAACAGAGGAUGAUGGUGGUGUGUAGUAUCAGAGGAACAGCAGUGUGUUUGUGCAUGUCCGCCUGUGUGUUUCAGCGAUGAGAGGAUGAACCAGUUUGUAUCUAUACAUGGAUGCAGAGGACAAGAUCCAGGUGCAUUGGUAAAGCAGUUGUGCAUGGAUGCAAUUUUGGACUGAAAUCAAGUUGUAUCUCUGUAGAUAUUUUGUUUAUCAACAAAUGCGACUGACCCAGUAUUUUAAUUUUCCUUAUUUUACUAUGACCUUAUUUGUCCUAUUAUAUCGGUGCCACAUUAUAUUACCGUUAACUGUGGAUAUACAGUGUUGUAUGUGCACUGCUAAAGAGAAAAAGAGGUGUAGGAGCUGUGGGGCAAUGCAAACUACCUGUUGGAUUUAAAUUGAAAAGUUUGAUUUACAAGAAAGAGGAGCAACUUAACAAGUCGGAUGGGCGACAAAUUAUCGUUCACGAUAUAUCCUCAGAAAAAUCCUCCAUGAUAAAUAUUUGAUGACGUAAGCGUGAGCGAUGGACUCACCGCCAUAGCCCACACAGAUCAGAAUAACAAACAAACAUGGCCGAAGGUAAUGAAGAAGACGUUUCUGAGCAGCUGGUUACUGAACGAGGCUCCACAUGAGGGAUUUCCUUCAAGACUGGGGUUCAGAUGAGCGCAUUCAGGUCUGCCUGAUAUCGGACAGUGGAUCUGCUGUUCACUCUGGAUUACGAGUUUUCAACAAAUGCUGAAUAUGAGACUUGUUUGAUGGCAUUAAUUUUCUCCGUAACAUACCACUCAAACUUGUGGUUAAGUAUGUUAUUUUUCUACUCCAACUGGUGUUCUCAAGACAAAAGGAGUCAAAAAUAUAGAUUGGAAUUAUCAUAUUUUUUAUCUGGACUUUUAUUGUUAUCACCAGAACGGCAAAUCUUAUCGUGAUAAUUUUUCAGCCCAUAUCGCCCAUCCCUCCUGCCAUGCUGCUCUAAAAUGAAUGGGCAGUACAUCCAACCCUAAACCUUAACAGGAGCAGUAACAAGACAUCUGCCAGUGUCCAUACACCCUCAUCUGGGGUUCAGCUUUAGAGUGGCGAGCAAAGUAAAGAGUUAGACACAAAACUGCAGUGUGGCUAUCGAGUAUUUGCUAUGCCGUCAAACCUUCCUAGCUUACUGAACUCCGUCACUGUGUGCAGAUGUUGCAAAAAAGCUGAAACUUUAAAAAAUGAUGUCAGUGAAAGAAUAAUUUCCAGAUCCUGACAGAAAGCUGAUGAGUCACUAAACAGGCGAAAGAGAAAAUGGCAGAAGAUCAAAUAUCUCCAAAGUCAAACAUGAGGAGCAGGCAAAGAACAAGGCAUUUACUAAACAUCUGUGACUGGCCUAAAAAUGUUUUUAUCUAAACAAACUGGCACAGCUGUCUACAGUCAGAGGGCCUCCAGUUAUAGAGGCUGAUCUCUGUUUUUACUCAUUUGAAAAUCAAAACAUAUUUUCUUGCAGCAGUGGAAACAUGCUCCAUCCUUUCCAUUAGUUCUGCUCUGUGACUCCCCCCUGCCUCCACCAGCUUUCCAUCCACUCUUUUGUCUGUCUGAUAUUUUAAACUCUUCAAUAAGGAAGGAGAAGCAGUCUUUCAACAACAUCUGCCUCAUCUCUCUUCAUAGAGUUAAAUCAAAGAAAAUGCAGAGGCACUCAUGUAGCCGAAGGUGCAAAUUAUGAUGGAUUGAGUCUUUGGUGUUACAGCUACUUCAGUACCCAAUCCAUCUGUGGCAAAGUGCUGCGAGCUGAUCUACGAGUUUCUCCUGCCAAGUUUCACACUUUGACGCCGAAGGGUUAGCCGGGAUUUGACCUGGAAGCAGAGAAAUAAUAUAAUCUAUUUUAAUUUGUUGAUAUCCGUAUAAUUAUAACAUGGGAUAUGAGCAGUCAUUGUGGAUAUUGGAGGAAGUGAGGGUUAGAUGAACAGCGUUGAAGGUUGUGUGUAUAUUUUUAUUCAUUAAGAUUGAUUCACUGAACAAUCACAAGAAAAAGGACCCCGGAGGCUCACAGCUCAGUAAGUGAGGUGAGUCCAGACUCACACAUCUGCUGAAAGUGUCCAUAUAUUUAAUUAUAUAACAUUCAACUUCAAGAAAACAUCAAAUAUAUAUUUGCAAAGACAAACAGGAUGAGGAUUACAAGCAAUCCAACAAGAUUGUCUUCAUAGCGCAGGGAAAUAAAACUUGUAUGUUUCACCUGGAGGGAGAGACUUUUUACAUUAAAGAAAAUAUUUUAAAUGAAUUUCUCUUAAAGGUGGGGUAGUCAGGAUCUGAGGAAGUUCCAGUUUUCGGGAGAAAUCUUGAAUGUAAACUCUACCCCUCCCAACCAGUUUUCCCCUCAGCUCCUCCUCUCCCCUCCCUCUCUGCUCCAGCAAGCCCCGCCCACAAACAGACGCUCCUGCUCGCUCGUAUCGUUCCAAUUAAAUUAAGAUAUAAUGCAGAUAAAUACUUCAGAUAAUUACAAAUGGGGCCCAGUCAAUGUGAAAGUCAAAAGCAUUGGUGCUACUGUAGAUGCCAACAGACUACCAGCAAACUCAAUGUUUGCAGGACUUCUACAACUAGGAUAAAGUGACAUAGUCCAGGACCCGAGGUCAACAGUUUAGCGGCGCUACAACACGCUACAGCAGGUCCGGUUUGACAAGAAACACUUCUGUUACAGACACUUGGCUUACUUUGUUAAAGCGGUUUACCUGUCCAGCAGAAAGGUUACAGGGUCUGGAAGAUCCCGAAGCAUCCCCCAUCGUCUAUGUCGACCCGGCUUUAUAGCUUUUGUCCUGGUGGUCGACCUUCUUUUUAAGCGCCCGUUAUUCCGCCAGAGUCUCCAGUAUUUACUUUGUUUUCUUGCUUGUGUUGGCAGUUGUGGCUAAAAGAGGGUUUAGACAAUCUUCCGAACUUUCUGGUUGGUUUCUACCAUCUGAUAUUGUCACAGGCUAACUUUGUUUUGGCUCGUGAACGACACGGGGGAGCAGCAUCUGCCUCACAACCAAUCAGGUUGGAAAAUGGCUUUGUUUACAGUCAGAAAGAGCGGGCCGUUAAAAAAAUUGUUGGCAAAAUGUUGACUACACAGACAUAACAAAACACAGCGAUAUCGUUAUAUCACCAAAUGUCAUCAAUAACUAAUAGCUAUUGACUGAUAUUAAAAGCUUUUUUGUAAAUACACCACAAAAAAGAUGCUUCUUUAAAGAAAUGAAUUUCUUUUAUGUUUCCCCUUUUUAAGUCAAAACCUUCUCUUGUAUUUGAACUUAACAACCAAUAUGUCCUGUAUAAUUUACAUGAAGAAUUAGAGGCCAUGAGAACUGAGAGAAGAGGAGGUUUGCUUGUUGUCUAAAAUCACACUGAACCAAGGAAAUAGAGGAAUCCACACAAAUACUCAGUCAGCCUGAAUGACCUUAAAAUGAUCCGGGCUUCAUGUUGCAAAUUACAUUUGGAUUCUGCUCAGCUUGGCUCUGGGGUUUCAUGGUCAAUUGUUUGUGGCACAUAGAAUAAAUGAUGCCAACAAUGGACGCACUGAUCCUGAUGAUGUAUUAAAACCAGACCGGAGAAAUCUGUAAAGGCUGCCAACAAUGCGGCUGGCUCGAAACCUUGGCUUGUGAGGAUUUUGUUGAACACCGAAACAUCAGCUGUCUGAGUCUGGUCAUAUGCGCCAAAUUUGCCUGGCAGCUCAUAGACAUUAGCUGAUUUGAAUAUAAUACAAUCAGAUCCUUAUAUUAAAUACCUUCAAUUUCGAUUAGAGUGUAUCACAUUUACAAUUGUCCAAGUUCGGAAACUUUUCUGCAGUGACUAAGUUUCAUAGGAUUGUGGAUCUCUUGGGGACUUUUGAAUUGAUUGAAAAAAAGAAAACUAAAAUAUGGAUAUUUGGAUGGCCCACCCAGGUGCUGUCUGUGUGAGUGCAUGUUGCAGCUGCAGUGUUUGGUGAAGCUCUACCUGUGGUGGGGAGGCAGCAACAAAACUGGGAAUGCAUUGUAAACAUUAAAACAUGCUGCACCUGAAGCAGGGCUUGACACUAACUUUUUUCACAAAGUAAGGCGCACACAAAAAACUUUAGGGGUGCAAUGAAAAUUGAUCAAAUAAUGGUUGUGUUAUCGGUUGCCGUAAGUGCUAUUAUUUGAAGUCAAUUUUAGGUCUUUUGAUCACAUGAUAUGGAAGCUAUUGAAGAAAAUUUUCGAAAUUUGCCUUUAAAUUUAACACAAAAAUUUUUAGAGGACAAAUUAGGGAAAUAAAGAGGUGUGUCUCAUUGUCCGACCUUAGUACUAUUAUUUGAAAUCAAUUUUAGGUCAGUUGGUCACAUUACAUUUUUGAGAACAUCAAACGAUAAUUUAUCGAUGGUCCCUUAUUCAACACCCGACGUUGACAGCGAGGGUACCGAGUAGAUUUAACCGUGCUGCUGUUGUUAUUCCCGAGAGUGAGAAGACACUAGUAGAUCCACAGUGAAUGUCUGUCAAAUAUCCAACCUAAAACUAACUUCACUGCCGUAUUUACAUGAAAACACAUUUGUUGCCUCGACUGAUUUUUUAUGUGCCUCUAAAUACAUUUUACAAUUCGCACAUAUGUAUUUUUAGUUGCAAAUGUGAAUGAAACGGUCACACUGUCGAGCCCUGACCUACAGCCUUUCUCUCUCCGGUCUCCCACCGUUUGUCUUUGCCUUUUUCUCUGAUCAUUUAAUAAAGACGCCCACUUUAUCAACUAGAUUCAUUGAUGAUGUAAGAUGGUGCAAAAUGACAUUUGCAGAAACUAGCUGCACAAAACUUAAACAAAUGAAACCCGAGGGUUAAUAACCAAUGUGAGAUAUUGCACCCAAUAGAAUAUUGCAAACCAAUAGAUGCAUUGAUAGGAGACGAGACAUGACUCCUCUCUCGCAGGAGGGCAUCAACGGCGGAUCAUAUCAUUGAUCAUAAAUAGUGAAUUUAAACUGAUAAUAAAAGAAAUUUUUUAAAAUGUUGGGAAGAAUAUUUGGGCAGCUCACCCAAGAACCAUCUGUGUGUGAGAAACGCAGAGUUGUGUCUUUUAUUUCAAAUUAAUCAAAAAGUCAAACUCUCAAACAGCUGAGAAGGACUAAAUUUAUGCGUGGAUUUUGCUCUCCUUCCAGGAAAGCAUCAUGUUUUAAAUCUUUAUUUUUAUUUUGCGCAUGUGUGUCUUAUUUUUGAAAGAAAAGACUUGUUGACCUUUUUCUGGCUCAUGAACCACUAACUGUGAUUCUUCGCAGAGUUUGUCUGUAUUGCAUCAUAAAUUGCAAAUAGUCUGGUAUGGCGUGUAGAGAUGCAGUAAAUUAAAUCGUGACUGUUAAAGUCAUGGUUGAUGAUCCGAGAAGAAGAAAAAACUGAGCCGCUGAAGCAGAUUUGAAAAAGCGUCCCACCCCCCACACACAAACCUCUCCCCUCUGUGCUCCACGGUAACUCCCCACGACACACCCCCUCUGACAGAGCAAGAAGCCGGCCGGCAGAAGAUCCUACGCUAGCUCCAAAUAUGCCUCUAACUACCCAGUCAAAACUCCCCUCCAGUGCAUUUAAAUAACUUGUGUUAUUUGACCGCCAAUGCUAAUAUUAGAUAAAAAUAAAAAAACAUUGGCCCCAGUAUCAGGCCAUGUGGCACACCACUGUAUCACACAUGGAGACUCUCUCCAGACUUACACACCAUGCAAUAAAGAGGAGGAUUGUAGAACAAAGCAGCUCUACUGGAUUAUGAGUACAUAUAAAAUGACAUGACCUUAUAACGCCUUAGUUUUCAGCCUUGGCCGUCGGUUUCAGUAAUCAGCAGUGAUGUAAGCUCAGCGUGACAAACUCUGAAAUACCUUACAGUCUGCUUUUUUCUUUCCUUUUUCCACAUGGCCAGCUCAGAUCCAGAUUUGUUUUGCCUUGAUCGCUAGAAUAUCAGCAUGUUAAAAUCAGGGAUGGACUUAACAUGUAGUUCCAUGUGUUUGCAAUAUGCCCCGAGACAAGUGCCAGCAACCUGCAAACGAAUGUCAUUUUAAUAGCCUGAUGCAUGGGAAAUGUUUGAAAGCAGUCCUUCCUCUCCUAUGAUUGUUUGGCAUGACAUCCAACCUCCACAUUUUUCUCCUCAGAACUCAAGAAAACAUACGUUUUGUGUCAGAUUUCAAUCCAUGGCACCGUUGUUCUUGAGUGGUCUGAGCCAGUUUGUACGGGAUAGACCUGAAGUAGGAAUGCUGGUACCUCCUGAGUGCGCAUAUGUGUGUGUAGAUAUGUGUGUGUGUGUUAGUGUGAGUGCUCUAUUUGUCCAGAUAAUGUCGUUAUCCCGAGGGGAAACAUGCCUCCUUCAUUACUAGCUAGACACAUCUUAUUUUCUUAAUUCGACUCUCAGGCCGUCAUCCGUUAUUUAUGAGAUUGCCUACGUGUGUGUAUCUUUGUAUAUAUGUGUGUGUGUGUGCGCCUACCUUUAUAUAUGUUUGUUUGUGAAGGUUGUCCUGGAAGUGGAGGCUAGUAAAGGGCUGUAAAUACUGUUUAGCUAGGUGAUUUGAACGGGUGUCUAAGAAUGUUAAGAUAAUGUUUCCUCUUUCAACUACUUACACUGGAAUUUAACACACUCAUUAGCUUCACACAAGUGUUUGCAGCUUUUCUGCAUGUGUUGGCGGGUGUGCGUGUGUGUGUGUGUGUUCAUGAAAGAGUCUCCUCUUUUGUGGCGAAAGAAUACCCCACAGUACAAAACUUGGAACAAAUAACGACUUAAUAUAAUCUACUCUCAGAUUGCUUUCUCUGUACUCUUCUGGCAAUCCUGUCUCUGAGAAAUUUGGUUUUUAUGAUCCCUUUUUACAACAACAUUCUUUCAGAACAAGAACAUAAUGUUCAGGGAAUAACGUUGGAAAACAAAAGUACACUUGUCUUUAAAUUAUCAAAAUGUGUGAGUGUUGAACCAGUUCAGAGAUAAUAAAAUAUCAUAUGUGCAUCCUUUUUAACGGCUCAGUCUGCGGCUCGUUGAGUUGAGUGAGUUUCACAGAUGUUUGCGAUCAUAAUCUGAAUUAUUAGCUCUGUUUAGCCCGAUUGUUUCUCUCUUCUUGUUUAAAUUGUUUCCCUCGUUGUGUGAUCUUGCCUACUUAUCUGAGGAAAUGCCAGACUGCAGUCACACUCGAGCACUGGAGGCAUUAAUCUAAUUCUCAGAGUCAAAGCGACACCAUAUAUUACUGUAUCAUAAUCCUCGGAAAUGUUGCUUGCAUGAGAGUUUGGCAUGCCUUCCUUUUGGCAACUUGUGAAUCUCCUUUAAUUCUUCUUUUUUCUCACCCAGAGCAUAUGGCUGGUUGUAUUGUAUUGGACCUUGUCAGAGGCCAUCUAUCACUCAGUGGUGUCCUGCUGCGCUGUGGAUCCACAGCGCAGCUUUCAGGCCUCAAAACGAGAAAACAAGUGGGAAGAAAGUCAGAAUAAGUGCGAGGAGAGAGAGAGAGGGACGGGAAAGGGGGGGUGGAAGGAGUGAAAUGAAAUAAUAGCAGUAGACAGAUGGUAAAAAACAAAAGAUAGUAUAAACAAAACAAAGAAGGAACAAAAUAUUGAGCUGAAUAAUACAUUUCCCACAUUUAAGGCCAGGAAAGAAUGUUUCUAAUUUUUCCUCUUUAGCUUUUUACCUCGCAGCAAGACCCAGCUGACACCUGUGGUGUAAAAACUGUGCCUUCAAGGUUGAACAAACCUGUAAGUACUCAGAGUUCAGGAGCUUCACACUUGUUAGAGUCCCAUAUAGCCUCAGAGCACAAAUAACAUCCUCAAGCUUUGCCAAGAAAACAUCUUUAUAAAUGCAAAAACAAAAAAAAACUGUCAAAAAGCUGCACACUUCUUGAUCUAAUUUACAGUAUUUUUAUAGUUUGUGUUACGCUGCAUUCCUCCGGAUUUACCUCUCACACCUUUCGCCUUAAAUACAGAUUUAAAAAUGGAAAAAAACUAACCAUAACUAAGGAAACAUUCCUUCCUCAUUAAAGGGUUAAGAUAGAGACUAACUGCUCCAGAGGCAUCGCUCUAGGCUGUCACUGACCUCUGACCCCCGCAAGAAAGAAGAACAUGAAUGUGCCUCAGAGGGAUGUUGCGAGGAAGCUACUUCCUAAUUCUGCGUCCAAGAUGUUGGCUGAGGAAGUCUGAAAACAUCUGCUGGUUACUCGUAGAAAACACAAACAAGAAAAAAUUGUGAAAUCGACGGAUCAAUAGAUAUGAGUGUGAAACUCUGGAUUUAUCAAAGCUGACACCUUCAGUCUGUUUGUGUUUGGCUCAGACUUGGACUGGCAGCAGCAGCCUCAACACUGUUCUGGUUUCCUCGCAGACUUUUUUUGUUUCCUGUUCCUUUAUCACCAUUUGUACUUGCACUCUCAUGGAAAGCUCACUGUCUGUCUUGAUUUAUUUAUCUUCUUUUAAUUCCAGUGUUGCCUCCUGACACUUUUUUUGACAAGCCCGCUUGGAAGUGCUGAGGGUAGAAGCCAAACACAGAGACCACUUAUCUUGAAGUAUUGAAAGCCUGUCAACAACUUUGAAAUCUUCAAUUCAAUUCAGCUUUAUUUAUAUGGCACUUUUCGUACAUAAGGAAAUGCAAUUCACAGUGCCUUACAGAGGCUAAAAUCAAAAAUGAAGACAAAAACCCAACCCUUCCACCCACACAUACACCUAUGGACCCACAUGCACACAAAGACACACACCCACCCUCCUCACAUACACACACACAACCGCACACAAUGUGAGAAUUUACGAUAUAAGUUAAAGAGACAUGGCCUGACACCGAGACAUUACAUGAGGAAAAAGCUACCCUCAGGAAACACUGGAGAUAAAAAUAGAGAUAAAAAUGGUGAAAAGAGUAAAACCUGAUGGACUAAAAUAAGAAAAUAAAUAGAUAAAUAAAAGGGGUAAAAGAAGUAAAAACCUGUGAUGGAAAAAAAAUGACAAUGACAUAAAAUAAACAUUAAGAACUUUGAUUAAAAUGAACAUUUGCAAUAAGAGAAAUCUAAAAUGGCAAUUAGUUAAAAGCCUGGUUAAAAAGUGAGUCUUGAGCCUCUUCUUAUAAUCUUGUAUUCACAACGGCCGAUCAGCGAGGGGUUUGAUCAGCACUUAGUGCACCAAAAAUCCUUGUCGCAGCAGCCAUGGGUUCAACUCCCGGUCUUUUUCUGCAUGUCACCACCCCACCAGCUGUCCUGUUGCAUUAAGGCAAGAAUGAACCCAAUGAGUGAUUGCCUUGCGGCUUAUGAGAUAGACUCGCCCAUGUAGGAUUUAUCAAAAUGGCCAGACAGACCACCUGUCUGGGUCUACUUCAGUCUAUCACUGUCGGGAUCUAAAAUACCACAGAGUAUCAUAACAUACGAGAGAAUUAUUAGAGAGAAUGGAUGAUCCAUGACGAAACAGAUCCCAGAUUUGUUGUUCUUUCUUAAAGCUGCAUUUAAAGCUUUUUGUGUUGAUUUUGGCACCUUCCACAGACAGCAGCACAUCCUACAUUUUUGCUGAUUCCACCUUUUUUAUUUGCAAAUUGUGUCUUCAACAAAAAAUUUCUUUCUGUCGUCUUUUUACGGUCAAAUUAAGAGACUUUGCAACAGAAAACUUGUAGUUUCAUUUAUGGCCCAGCAGGGUUAACCAGCUCCUGGUGGUUUGAGAAAUUAUGCAAAACCCUGUACAGAAAUAAUCAAUCUUUAUGUUGACGGUCUUGUUUGUUUCGUUAGCUGUGUCUUAACCAGAUAAAAGCUUUUCACUUAAGCUUUGACCUUAAAUAAAACUUUUUAGAAAUGAUUCCCUUCUCUGGUCUCUUACAUGAUUUGAUGACACUAAUGUAGCUUUACACAAUUUUAUUAAAUAUUAAGACUUCUGAUCAUAUUAAAGGUGGGGUUUUUAGCUCUUGGCCGGUCUACCUCCUUUUUAAGCGUCCGUUAUUCCGCCAGAGUCUCCAGUAUUUACUUCGUUUUCUUGCUUGUGUCGGCAGUCGUGACCAAAAGAGGAUUCGGACAAUUUUCCGAACGUUAUUGGAGGAUGUAGACCUCACAACCAAUCAGCACUAAAGCCCGAAAGAGCGGGCCGCUCGAAAAAUUUAAAAUGUUAACUACACAGACAUAACAGAACACAGCGUUAUCAUGAUAUUCCCAAAUGUUAUCAAUAACUCAUAGCUAUUCACUGAUAUUAAAAGCUUUUUUGUAGAUACACCACAAAUAAAGAUGCUUCUUUAACAGAAUCCUGCUACCCCACCUUUUAUAUAUGAAAAAGACAAAUUUGAUCUGGCACAAUGAGUCUCUCCUUAUCAAUGAGGUCUAAAUAAAGAGAUAAAUAAAUACCACACAUCUUCCAGUCAGAUAAAUUGCCCUCUCAUGUUGUAGAAACCAACUGAUUUAUUGUAUUUAUGGCCAAUAUGAUUCUUCCUUCUCAUGCACAACUGUAGAGGGAGCUCACUGGGAAACUCUUGGCAAGAAAAGUUACUGAAAUGUCUCAAUAAAGCGAUUUUGGUGGAGAUAUUUAAACUGGCUGCAAAACUAGUCCCGGCACCUAAUCCCAAAAAUCACACCUCAUGCCCCUCUGACCGGACAAUCCACAGAUUCUUUACAAAAACGGUCAUUGUCGUUCAGUGAAAAGUCGGUCAAAAAUGACUCACUUGACACACAUUUCAUGCUCAAACAACACAAUCCAGAUUCCAGGAAAGUUUUCUCUUAUAAGUGUCUAUUUGCGUCGGUUGUUAAAGUUCCUCAGCAGCUGAAGGUCUUAAGAUCACACUGCGGCUUUUUGUUUACACUUUCAGUUGUUGUAAAACUGAAGUGUGAAAAGUACAAUGAGUUGUGUGUCCUUAACCUUAAGUCGAAUGCCACAUCCUGGAUGUUUGUUUGUGAGGCUAAAAGCAGGCUACAGACUCGGACGGACACAUAUGGAAACUGGUUUGAGCUUGGCUGUUAGGACAGUAACCUACUUUUACUGAGACCAACAGCAGAUAGCGGUUUGGCUUCAUGUGAAGAUCAGUCACCUCCGGAAAGUUUAUUGGCUCAUUAUAGGCCUAAUGGAGGCUUGAUGUUAGAUGUGUGACCAAAUUGUUUUCUUUCUCAUUUGCCAAAGUCUCCUCUUUGUUUCUGUUUUUGUUAAUUGGCUUAAGUAUCCAGUAAUUGGUGCCUUGGUUUUUUUAUUUGGAGAUUUUAUUAGAUGGCGGGUGAUGUAGUGUUCCAGGAUGACAGAAAAAAUAUGUAACUUUUUUUAUGGGCUUUCGUCACUUAAGAUGUGCAGCACAUUUAGAACAUAUUUAAUCUGGAGUAUACUGCUGUUUAUGAUUUGUUAAGAAAUAAAAACAGACGAAAAAAAGAUGGAAGAAGGAAAGAGAUGGACUCGACUCAUGCCUGAGCCUCACGAAGAACUGCACCACCUAUAGUUGCCUGUUACAAAGGCCUGUGAGACACAGCAGUAUGUUAUUGAGGGAAUUUUAUGAGUCCAUAAGUGUGUAAUGAAAUUUGCCUCGGUCGCAGAAGUGUAGCACGGAAAGGAAAAGUGGAAUUGAAUUUUCGGUGGUAUUUUCCUCAGACCUGCGUUCCCUUAGGGAGUGUACCGGGUACUGUUUUCAGUGGCCCGGGCAAGAGGAGGCCAAGUGAAACCUUUCCCUGAGGUUUUGAACCUCUGCUGUGAAUGGCAGGAGCCAACACCUCUAACCAGGAGCAGAUGUGAGGCUGGUCUGGCCUGGCUUGGUCCACCUCCUGGUAGAGUUAGAAACCUUGGGUCUCAAUGUUAGCCUGUCAAUAUGUCCUAGUUUUCUCCUCAGUGACCCUCAAUGCACCGACUCUCAGAAAGACGACAGCGGUAGUCAAACUCAUAAAGUUAACUACAGAACACACAAGCUUUUACAGGUAGUGCUUGGCUGCACCCAGAAUAAUAAAAUGUGCUAAUUUGCUGUAAAUGAAUGAUAAUUGUUAUUUUGUCUGUCCGUGUUUGAAAGAUGAUCGAUUGAAAACAUUGACAGGACUGUCUGCUGUUUCAUCUCUUGAAACCUCCUGAGGUUUACACUCUGAAGAUGAAACAUUUUGAGAUCAUCCAGAUGCUGCUAAAAAAGUUUUACUCUGGCCAGAUGUUAACCAACUUUCUCUGCACUCAGACUUUGAUGAAAAAAAAAAGAGCAUCGUUUUUUAGUAGAAACCAUCUCGUACAUAAAUUCCAGGUGCUACCGCUGAUGUUUGUAUUCAGUUUGUGUAAUUUUCCUUCAACACUUGAGGUGAAAUUACUAAUUAUUGCUCAACACCGUCUCCUCCUGAAACAUAUUUUAAGACUUUUUCUGAUGUUUUGUAAUAAAUCACAGAAACAUCUUUAACUAAUUGAUUUGAUUUUUAGUUGUUUUGAUUUUAUUUCCAAUUUCUGAGCAGAUUGAUUCAACAUACUGUGGUCCACUUCUUGUAGAUAUUGAGUAAACAUUGUUUAUUCAGAUGUCUGAGCUCGCAGUAACCACUUGAGAGAUCGACGUGUUUUUUCAAGGUUUCCACAGUGGGUGUUAAUGAAUCUGUAUUUAUUUUUAAAACUGGGAAGAAUCUGUGUGUUUAUUUCAAAGCGCUGAGUGUACAGUAUGGUUUUUGCGUUAGUUGAAAGCACCGCUGCAAGUGUGAAAGAACAAAAGCAGAUUGUCACUUUUUCCAAACAUCCAACAUCUGAACCGACUAAUUGACCAAAACACAAUAAGAAAACAAAUCUAAUUCUCACUUGCGUGCGAACCUCUGCCAAACAAGAUAGAGAGCGCAAAUGAGAGGCCGAAAAAGUGUUUUCAAAUGUGAAAAUGGGCUCGGAUUCUCGUCAUGCAGCGUCAGGUGCUCCACAGGCGGGACUAGAAAACCUGAUGAGGAAACAGUUGUGAGACUUUGGGAGUUAUGUCUCAAAUUUAAAAAUUUGAAAAAUGUCCUUUUUCUCUCUCCAUAAACAUGAGGCAGGAAAACCCAUCACAGCGCUGGGAUAAGUCCAAAUCCCAACUUUGUCAUAACGAGCUUCUGCAGAAACGCGAAUGGGACUUGAAAGCGAAGAGUUAUGAGAGGAGAGACUCUGCCUGCUGAGGCGGGUGCCCCCCGUUGGUUUUGCCCUACAUAUGGGAAGAUGAUAUAUAACCAUCACUAAUAUUGAAAAAUUCCAAUUAAAGGCAUGUGGUCGCCAGUCUCUCUUUAUUUAAACUGUUAAGAGUGUGUAGACGUCAUAGCACAAACACGUUCAGGGAAACUGUGUCAUUAUAAAGCUGUAGUCAUACUUUGAAUGGAAACCAACAUGCUUGGCCAUACCUCAUUUAUAAAAGUACUUAAAGACAAUUAUUAUGAAUUUAUCCCAUAAAUGGAUAAAAUAUUAUAUCACUCAUCCAAUUAUGUGGAAUUUGGUUCAUUAUCGGUCAUUAUACUAUUACACAAAUACAUAGUCAGGGUGGUCAAUACAGAAAGAGGCAUUUCUAAAACAUUUCCCAGAAACUUGCAACAAAAAUAUACAAUUAUAAAACUAUAAACUGUUGAAAUGCAAAGCAGUGAUUCUGCAACUGUUUAAUCUGGCUCUGCUGGUCCAGCUGAAGACAGAACUUUCAGUUUAACUAAAGCAUAACUAAUGUGUGUGGAUAUGGUUUGAGAGUGGAAGAUGAUUGCCGUGAUUAUGGUGAUUAUUCUAGCAGUGAAAGGGAGCCUGGGAUACUGUGUGUUUGCUUUGCUGGACUGCUUGGGAUCUGGUCUUCAUAACCAUCAUCCAUCACAAGGCCUGGGAUCAAAGAUACCCUCUCAGUGUGGGGAAUGUAGCAGAUGUGCUAAAUACCUCUAAAACAAAUGUUUUGUUUGCCCUUGGUUCUCCAGUCGUGCGAUUUUUGAGCAUGAUGAAUAUCAAAGUGUUAAAAGAGGCAUUUGCUAAGAACCUGGGUGUAAUUGGACGAUGAGUCACCGUGAUCUGCAUUGUGUUAGCAGCAAAAGCAGGUGUUUCACUGAAAGGGCUGCAGACAUUGUUGUGAGUCCAAAGUCUUUGAUGGUUCAUGUGGAGUUAAGCCUUGGGCCAGUGUCUUUUUUGUGUCCGCCUGCAGCACUCUUGUUUCUCUGCAAUUACAGAGCAAUCUGAGCCCAAUUAAAGCAUCAGCAGAGGUGUGUGACGAGAUGGAGAACUGGAUAAGAGCUGCAAACUUUACAACCUCCCUCUUAAGAGGUGACAGCGUCACUAAUCUCUGGUUGUAAAAAUGUCAGGUGUGGCCCCCAUACUUUGGUCUCAGCUCUGACUUUAAAAAGCAGAAGAUGUUUCCUACUGUAAUUAUGCGAAGUGUGGUGCUGUCAACUUGGAAAUACCAAACUUUAAAUUUUUCUAACACAUCUGUUUGACUUCAGCAUGUAUCGUCAUAUUUGCUGUAAGAGUUUGUAAAAAAGCAGAUUGUUGGUUUACAUAAACAACACUGGAGGCACAGACGUACACACAGAGGAGGGAAGAGAGAUUCUGUAUUAAACCCAACGUAACCUAAUGUUAUCUGAUCAGUAAAACUACAUACAUUUUGACCUGUUUCUGUUUUUUUACCUCCAUAUGAGGAAAUGUCUUUGGGAGUUACAGAGGUUAGUCUUUUCAGGAAACAAUCCUGUUUAUAUUUUAGACUGGUAUAGGAAUUACGGUAACACUUUACUUGACCCCUAUCUCUUUAACGCAUCAUUAAUAUAUGUAUUAUUUGUUAUAAUCCCAUUAUAGCACUGUAUAACUAUAGUUAUAAACACUCAUAAAUGAGUAUAAUGCUCUAUAGCAAUAAUCAAAACACAUUAUUAAGUUUUUUAUCAUGACUUACAAGGUCAGGUAUUAUAAUAUGUUAUGCUUAUUGUUAUAAAGCCACAAUAUUUGUCCAUUUGACAUACUCAGAACAGAGGGGAAAAACUAGGCUGUAGCUCGUUACCUGCCGCGGUAAUCGAAAAAUAAGAGCACACAUACUAAAGAUAAACAUAUAAACUGAUAUGUUGAUUCAGAUUUUAGUAUUGAGACACUUCGUCAAGCUUUUCAUCGAUAACUGAAGUCUGCCUCAGUUGAUAAGCUGAUGAAAGCAGUGAGAUUGAAUCAAAGAGCUUUGAUUGUGGGGCUAAAACAGAGAGCUGCAUGAUGCUAAAACACGCAGAAACACUGAAGGGGACUGCAGUUUAUUUGUCCUUAAAGGGAUAUUCCGGCGUAAAAUUAACACCGAGUUAGACUCCCCCUCCAGAGAUGAAUGUUGCCGACCGCUUGCUUCUCUAGUUAUACCAACUUUAGUAACGACCGCAUGAUAGCAAUACAGAGAUCCAUGCGCUCAACCCAAACGCCACUCUAUAGCCACAAAUAAUGCUCAGAACAGCACCUAACUUCAUCAACAGUACAUAUAGGGUCCCAGCCAUAGUACUAGCCACCAAACAUCUUUUUAACUUUGCCUGAUUUCAUUAGGAAAGAGACUAAACACAACUCACCUACUCUCUUCCAGCAGCCGCUUGUUUGUGGCGAGCCAUUAUGGACUACAGCGGGGUGACACAGCUCAAGAAGGAAUAUUUAAGCUUGACCCAUUUUACUCUGUGUGCCUGUGUACCUCCACUGGUUAUAGUGAACCUCAAAAAUACACAUUAAUCACUUUCUCUAAAAUUCCUUUUUUUAUUUACCUUGAUUAAGCUUUGAGUUUCAUACUUGUGGCCACCUAUUGUUGUCUUUAGGAGAUUAUCUCUUCCCUGUGCAGGGAUCAGAUUUAUGAGUUAUGAAACCAUCUCUGUUAGUUUUUAAUAACACGGUGAUUAUAAAUAGUUUUGGCUCGUGGUAACUGCAGAUUAAAUUUCCGCUCUGUGGGCCGUGUUUGCUUACGCUUCGUAGGUAGCGCACAUGUGCAAACAAGACACGGCGCUGUUUCUCUUCUGGUAAACUUCCACACACCUUGCUUCUUUGCAGGCUGAACGCAGUGAGGUCAUUAGUAUCUAAAGAGCGUACUUUUCCCAUUAGGGAGUGAUAGACGGCGACUGUUGCCAAACAGAUGUGAAAACCACAUCCCAUACCCAUUUCCCUCACACCCUGUUCCCUGAACAAGUGGUUUGAGUUACAUGACAGUGAAAGGCAGUUGAUGAGACUUGGUCCUCUUCUUUGUCUAUGGUUAGUUGUCUACUUAAGCCUCUUGCCAAUGGGCCAGAUGGCGCAAACACACACACACUCACAUACACACAGAGUAGAGUACGGAUGUUCGGUACAUGGUGUGAAGUGUACGUUAACAUACCAUUCAUCUUACUCACCGGCUCUGUCUACUCACACACUGGGUACAGAAAACAGGGCCACACACAAGUCUGGUCGCAGCAAAUUCAGAGAUUGAGCUAAUCUCUCCCUCACACUCUCGUUUCCACGUGCACACUUACACACACACACACACACACACAUAUCGGUCCCCCUCUGGUAACCGAAUUGAAAACAGGUGCCCACCACAUAUCUUACAUUCUUCCAAAAUACAAAAGUGGUUUGACCUGACUGGUUUUGUUGGAGCGGAGCCUCUCUCUAUGAAAGACGGGUCCCAUGUAGCGGUGUGUGUAUAAACAUGGAGGCGUUGGUGGUGGUGUAGCGGUGCUGCAUCGCGUUAUAUUGGAAACACAUUUCUUCCUCUGCACAACCUUAACAUACAGUGUCAAGUUAACCUCAGGAUAAGAUACAGAUGAAUCAUGCAGUAACUGUAUACCGGUCUGGUUGCGGCCGAUACAGAUGAGCGAUUAACUGCAAACUUUUGCCCGUCUUUUCUUUAAUCUAAAAAACCCUAGCUCUGAGAUGUCCUUGCUCUAGUCCCAGUGUCUAUUUCUGCAGCCACAGCAGGCCUGCUUAGUGGAGGGAUGUGUACAAUCAGAAACAGAGAGCAGGGGAGGGAGAAAAGAGAUUAGAGCCUUAAUGGAGGAGCUGGUGAUAAAUGCGCCCACUAUUUUCAGUUUUCUUGGACGUUUAGCGGUUUCCCUCCCAAUCUUUCAUGACUAGUCAGGCUGUUUGUCUGUGACCGCUUGGCAUGUGUAGAGUCUAAAUGGUGAAUUACCUUUCAGUCAGUCUGCUAAAACCUUAGAUACUGUCACCAACAGUUAUCCAUUGCAAAAACGCUUUGAUGGAUGCACUCUGAAAGUAGCUGUUUCCACUAAGUUUUUCCCUCUGAGAUCUUGAGGCAGAUUUAAAGGGUGUGUGUGUGUGUGUGUGUGUGUGUGUGUGUGUGUGUGUGUGUGUGUCACUUCUAGCUGAAAUUAUGUGUUAAGUUACAGCUCUGACAGACAAAAUUACAAGCGUCCCUGCUCUCACACAUGGACAGAUAGAAUAAAAAAUUAUUUAUUGCUUUUGUCUGUUCGCAUCAGAUCAUCGUUUAUAUUCCACAAGAGGAUUAAGUUAGCGAAAAGAGAUGGUUUGUGUUAAAAGUCGCGUUUUGAUAUCAUGCUCAGUGGCAGAAGUUCAAGCACUAAUUACACGUUUUUAAAGCUUUGGAAGCAAAAGGACAACACAUGCAUCUCUGGACAGCACCGAGUAUCCAUAAACAGGAAAAGGGCUUUGAAUUAAUCACUCUAAACACUCCUCUCAUGUGCCUGAACACGUCUCACUCGGUUUUGGACUUGAUUUAGAUUUUAAAGAAAACCAGGACUCAAUUUUAGACUGUAUGUGUAUAUUCAUUUGGCAUAUAAUUGGCUGGUUUUAACCGGUUUAACCUGCUAAUCAGCGUUGUCUGUGGCAAUCAGCUGUUUGGCAGUGAGUCAUUGCAUUUCUUGUGAUCAGUGUAGCCACAAAAAUGAUAAUUUCAUUUUCAUGGAUUCAACUUUUGUAAGCCAAAGACGAAACAAAAUUUCCAAAAUCAUCUGGAUUUGCGAAUGCCAGUGGAAUGAUUAGCCUUCAAAAACUCUGAUCUGAGCCUGGCUAAUUCCCACCCUGCCUUGUGAUAUCCACCAGCUGGCUAAUUAAAAAUCUGAAGAACAUAUUUCCUCUCAGAAAAUGAAAUAUUUUGUCUCUUUUGUGAACAGAAAAGCGAUGUAAAGUAUUAAAAUUAAGAUAUGACCUUUCAAACACAAACUCUAAUCAACUUUCAUUCUGUAUUUGUUUUCUUUAUUGUGGUGAUAAAAUUGCUGCAGAUUUAAUUUUGAAAAUGUUGAAGGGAUUACAUCUGCUGUGUUUUAUGAAGGCUGAAUAUAAUGCCAGUUCUGUUAAAAACAAAAAGACUCAACAGUGGUAUCAAUCAUUACAGAGUUUACAGAGAUAAAGAUUUCAGUAUCAAUAGAAAUGAACAAUCUCCAUCUUUACUCAUUAUACAGUGACAUUUAGCAUGAUCAUCUGCAGCUUUGGAUUCAUCUCAGAGUGACAGCAGAUAACUGAAACAAGUCGUGUAGAUCACCUGCUAGUUCUUGGUGCCCUGGUAUGACUGACCGUAUAACCGUGCUCAAAUCUGCUGCUGUCAAAACACUAAUGGCAUUUAGAGUCACUUAAAAAGUCACCAAGCUUACGAGUGGGGCAUGUUUCCAAAACCACUAAUCAAAGGUCUAUCCUCUUGUCUUUAUCCGUCAUUGAGCUUCACUGGGAAACGUGAAUGUACUGAAACUCUUGCUUCUUGUCUGUUUGGUUUCCUAGUUUAGUGAUGUAUUUAUGUUUUUUAGCUGUCCUUUGGUUUGAAAAGUAAUUAAAGGUGGGGUAGGCAGGUUCUGAAGAAGUGCCAGUUUUUAGGAGAAAUCUUGAAUGUAAACUCUACCCCUCCCAACCAGUUUUCCCCUCAGCUCCUCCUCUCCCCUCCCUCUCUGCUCCAGCAAGCCCCGCCCACAAACAGACGCUCCUGCUCGCUCGUAUCGUUUCACUUAAAUUCAGAUAUAAUGCAGAUAAAUACUUCAGAUAAUUACAAAUGGGGCCCAGUCAAGGUGAAAGUAAAAAGCAUUGGUGCUACUGUAGAUGCCAACAGACUACCAGCAAACACAAUGUUUGCAGGACUUCUACAACUAGGAUAAAGUGACAUAGUCCAGGACCCGAGGUCAACAGUUUAGCGAUGGCGCUACAACACGCUACAGCAGGUCCGUUUGACAAGAAACACUUCUGUUACAGACACUUGGCUUACUUUGUUAAAGCGGUUUACCUGUCCAGCACAAAGGGUACCGGGUCCGUAAGAUCCUGAAGCGUCCCCUAUCGUUUUAUGUUGACCCGGCUUUUUAGCUCUUGUCCAGUUUUAAGCGCCUGUUAUUCCUCCAGAGUCUCUGGUAUUUACUUCGUUUUCUUGCUUGUGUCGGCAGUCGUGGCCAAAGGAGGAUUCAGACAAUUUUUCACUUUCUGGUUGGUUUCUACUGUCCGAUAUUGUAGCACGCCAACUUUGUUUGACCUUGUGAACGUUAUUCGAGGACGUGGGGCGUGCCUCACAACCAAUCAGGUUGGGGGAGGUGAAGAAUGGCUUUGUUUACAGUCAGAAAGAGCGGGCCACUCAAAAAUUUAAAAAUGUUGACUACACCGACAUAACAAAACACAGCGAUAUCGUUAUAUUCCCAAAUGUCAUCAAUAACAAAUAGCUAUUGACUGAUAUUAAAAGCUUUUUUGGAAAUACACCACCUUUUAAUCUUCCUAUUUUUUUUAAAGAAACAGAAAUCAUCGUUUCAAGCUGAUCUGGGAAAGACUUUGAAAAAAAACAAAAAACUGUCUUUGUCUGACAGUAACUCACUAAAGUUGUUCCAAUAGAGAAAAAUGUUCUUUCAUUGGAAACUUCAGUCGGGUGUCUGGCUCAUGUUGGUGGUUUAUAAACCAGCAAACACUGUUUGUGUGAGCACAGACAGGCCCAGUGUACAUAAGCAUAUGUGUGUCUCGGUGUACGAGGGAAUAUGCAGAGCUGCAGAAAUGAGGCAUAGCGUCGACUGAUGCUGCCGGCCCCUCUGCUUCACAGGACUGGCUUUCCUAUCAGAUAGACAGCUUGACAAUAUCCAGACCCCACUCUUUCCGCUCACACACAAACACACAAAAGCACGCAGGCAAACACACUGGCACACACACACACACACACACACAUGUGUGCGCACACAUGCACAAACAACUGUCUGAGUUUGUCCUGCUUGUUUUCGGCUGUACUGUUUGUGGGAUGAAAGAGAAGUUUGUCCCUGAGUGAGUUCAGUGGAGUCUGACCUUAGGCGGGCCUUUAUUGUGUUAAAGUGUAAUUGAGAUUUUUCCUCUGUAUCGGUCACAACCAUGAUGGAGAGUUGGUAAACCCAAUAACAGUCAUGGAGCUAUAAAUCUAAAGAAGAUAAAGUCGUACGAAGCUGUUGACUCAAGGAGGUGACUCACUCAGCUCCAUUGGGAUGAACAACAUUUGCCAUUGGUUUGAUGCCGUUGACGUGCGUGAAGAUGAUUUCAUAUUGGCUUGAUUAAUUGUUGAAGUCUGUGUUUGUGAAACAGUUGAUCCUUGGCUGUUCCCAUUUAUCCCCAUGUGCUGUAAAGUUUGCUGCUUUUACAGAAAUUCAAUAGUAAGAAGCUCACACAUACAGACUCAUGUUUGGUGUCUCGGUAAUGUCAUAACUUUUGUCUGGCUGUGAUCAGAGAUUUGUAGCUUCAGGGAUUUCUAGUGUCUGUUUUGAAGCUCUUUUAUGUUUGGCCUGAGUGAUCCCUAGAUUUCCUGACAACCAGGAAUUUGGAUCCAUCCAGAAUCCCUUUCACUGUGCAGGGAAGCAUAUGAGGUCCUGCUCCUGUACAAUGAUAAUCCAGAGCCAGGCUGUGCUGGAAAGUAAAGCUUUACUUCCUCUCUAUCAGGCCUCCAGAGGAUUAGAAACUAAUCAAUGGAUUGAUUAUUUAAAGGGAGUCAUUAUAGAUCAAGUUUAGAACUGUAACAUCAACUUUCUCUUGCUAAGGAUUCAGUUAUCUAUCUCUUAUCGAUCUGUUUCAAGCAUUCAGUAAAUAAUCCAGGGAGAUACUAAUCUCAUUUUUUCAGAGGCAAUCGACUCAAAGUCCAAAAACCUUAAAUACCUCAAUAACUUUUUCAGUUUGACAAAUUCGAGAAGCAAAUCCUGGUUUUUGAGAGGCUCAAAUUAGAUAUUUUUUAUCGUAUUUGAGUUUUAUUUUUUUUAAAAAAAGGGGACAAAUGCAAAUUAUUCAACUCCUUGGGUUGCACAUAGACUGUAUAUUGAAUGGACGCCGUCUGCCUUCUCGCUGGGUGAAGCCAUUCCGAGAACAGCACCCUCUGGUGACGGGCUGCAGUAUAGGUCAUAAAUCCCACCUCCUCCAGCAAUCCCUAUGGAGCUGUGGACAAACUUUAGGAAUUUAUUACACAGAAUAUAGAUUUUUCUCCCUCCUGGUUGCGAUGUUGACAUGAAGUUACGGUCAGACUGGUUUGUGCUCAAGUCCUCUUUUUUCUGUACAGCUCAGUUUUUAAAAGUUAUUCGGGGGUUCAUGUUUUCUAUGAUUGACACCUGAUACAGCCUAUUGGUAUACAAAUAUUGCAUAGCUCACCUGGGGUAUACGCUGUUUGAGCCGAGCUGUUUGGUACAACACUACUGCGCAAUGUUGGUUUCAGGAAAUGAAGAAAAAUCGCGGAAAUACAGAGAGCUCUUCGGCUUCAAAUCCUUAUACUGGUGGAGGGCGCAGCCAUGUUGUCCAUAGUAUAUACAGUCUAUAGGGUUGCAUGGUCUUUUUUUCUACUUUUGACCUGCACAUUCAACAUCUUUUUAUGAGCUGAGGCACAAAAAAGUCGGCUAUUUGUCUGUCCGCCGGCGUUGAUGAAUAAUCAACGAUGAAACCCAACUGACAUAUAAAGCACGCCGAGUUUGUUUGAUCCUACAUGCUGCUCUUCAACCUUCCAUCUGCGGAACUAUAUUUUUUGGCAGUGUGAUGCACCCUAUGAUGUCUUUAUGAGGUGUGCGCAGGGCUACUAGCUGCGUCUCCGAGCCUGCUGCUCAGAUCUCAGGUGAGGGGAAGCCUGGAAUCACUCAUCCUGACAGCCACAUCUGGCGCUACUCUCUCCGUCCUUACGCCCUCGACUCUGUUCCUGAAAACAGAUGCCACUCUGAUUUAACCACAGAGGGAAGGAGUUAUGGUUGUAGUUAUGAUAAUACGGUUAUUGGUGAUUCUUAAUGAGAUGGAGAGCAUACAGUUUACAAAGGAUAAACCUGUGAGUAGUGCCGUGUGGAGUAAAGCCGUUGUUACUGCUGGGGUUCUCUGCCUUUUUAGGUUUGGUCUUGUUGUUGCUGGAGGGCACAUUGAUUGAUGCCAGGUGCAACAAGAAGUCAUUCUGUUCUGUUUGGUCUGUGGUUUGUAUUAUUAUUAUUAGAAGAAAAAGGCUCACAGUGUAAUAGUGAAAGAAAAAAAUAACAGUUUCCCAAAGUGUGUCUGUGUUGGAUGGGCUGCAAGAUUAGAUUAGAUCAGAUUAGAUUAAGAUGAUGUUUUUGAGAAGCUUCCCUCAGGGAAAUGAAAUAAAUGAGGUGAGUAGAGAGAAUUUUUCAAUUUAACAAUUUACCUCAAAAUAUCUUAUGUAGUUUAAAGUGAUUACAAUCAGGCUGUUAAAAUAAUCUCUUCAUUUUGAUUCACUAAUCGCUGCUAAAAUGGCUUGAAAAUUUAACGCGGAUUAAUUACAUACCGGUGUCUGCUGCAGGCUUGUAAAUCCAAUACAAAGUACAUAUUACAGAGUUGAUUUUUUACGUUUUUAUGAGAAAUAAUAGCAUCUAUGAUUGAUUAAUAAGUCUAUUCUCUGUCCAUCCCUCUUAUUAGUGCAAACACUUUACCAAGUGGAGAAGUUGGUGAUGUUCAAAUCAAAAUCAAAACUGAUUGAGUUUUUUUUCUCAGGAUAGUAAAGUUGCUCUGAAAUAGAGACAGUGCUGCUGCAGUUUGUCACAGCUCCGUUAGCUUUGCUGGCGGAGGUGGGAUUUAUGACCUAUACUGCAGCCCGUCACCAGGCUGUGCUGUUCUCGGAGUGGCUUCGCCCAGCGAGGAGACAGACGGCGUCCGUUCAAUAUACAGUCUCUGGUUCUGAUGUAUCUCUGAUUAUUAAUUUGGUUUAUAGUCUAAAGAAGUAAUAAGAUAAAGUAAGGAAAUGGAGACAGCCUUAAAGCUCUGGUUAACUUGGCUAAUGUAUUUUUUUUAAAUGGAAUGUAGUUUUCUCUAAUGUUUCUCUGAUUUUUAUACUUUCGUGAUCUUUGUGAGCAUUAUGCAUUUCAAUGCAAAUUCAUAAUUAUCAAACUUUGUAUAAAAACUCUAAUUUUAAACCAUUUUACUUUAAUAUCCUGAACCGAACUGUCAACACUGAGCCAAUUCUGCUUACUUGAUUUGUUUGUUUUUAUGCAUUCUUGAGUUUGUUGAAAAUAAUAUUUGGGAACUUUGCAGCAGACUGGCUUUGCACGCAGGAGAACCUGGCUCUGCACCCUGCUUUGUGUUGCCUUCCCCAACAUCCUCCAUCAGCCCAGCUCAGCCACCUCCAACCCAAAGUCGAGGGCUAACUCUAGCCAGAACCAGACUACCACGAGUCCUCAUCUGUUUCCUGUUGAACCAAGAGAAGCAAAGGUUGGAGUUCAGGGUAAUAUUUAGGUUAAUGGAAUGAAUCCAAACAGAUUCGAUUUCAAAACAAGAGCUGGAGGUACCCAGGAGCAGCCUGCAGUCGCACGUUUGACUAUAAACAAACACUUUAGGCGCUCUCACUUCAUGCAGACAUCUGUUGUGAGCCCUCAUCCUCGCUUAACUGCCUAGAGAGAGUCAUGCGCUUUGAUGCAGACAGCAGGCAUUACCGUGAUCUUUGCUCACUGCUCUGAGGAUAGCAUCACCACAGGAGUCCACGAUGGGAAACUCAGCCUGUCUGGAUUCUCAUUGAAGACAAGACUCAGCUGUCAUGCAUCAAAUUUUCACACAUGCACAAACCCAAAGUUAAAUAUCUGACGGCUGAAAACCACGGUUUCUCUCUGCAUACGCUCUCCAGAUUUUCAAGAACACUUGAGAGAAAGAUUUGAUGUUCGUAUUUUGUGGGACAUUUUUGUCACGGCUGUGCGGUUUCCUUUAUUUAGUUGUUUCCUGACAGCAGGAUUACUGCUGGUUACUUCCUUUCAGGUGUUUUCUGUUUAUUCUAAUGCACCAUUAUAAAAAAGAAAAUCCUCACGUGUAAACUGUUGGUAAUAAACCCCAAUUCUGAUUUUGAUUAUACAAAUUGUCUAUUUACAUAACAGCAAAGAAACGUGAUCUGCUUUCACUGAUUGUAUACAGUAUCAUUUAGUGUGGGUAGAAAAUUAGGAGUUUGUUUGUUAAAAUGAACUCACAGUAUUUCCAAUGACAUUUAAUACUCAUUUAAUGAUUUUUGCAUUGAGAACUUGUGGAGCGCAUCAUGGCUCAGUAUACUUUAUAUUACAGACCUAUUCAACCUAACCCAACUCUAAUCUUUUAAAGCGAGGGGAGAUUUGAAGGAUGUGGGGAGCAAAGGGGCCCGGUGUUUACAUUUUCCAUGCCAGAUCAUUAAAGUGGUAACAACGCAACAAGAAGCCUUUUUCAUCGUAAAUCUCUUCCUAUAUCUCCUCAUAGCUCAGGUAAAAACUUAAACUUCAACGCGAGAGCCAAAAAUGACCGGGACACGACAGCCAAACUACAUGCAGGGUUCCACAUUUGGAAUACUACUUUUUGGAAUUAUUUGUGGAAAUACCUUGUGGAAAGACAGUAUUUUAGAACAGUGGUAACAUAGUCUGUUAACAUAAAUAUUUUUCCAUACUUUAUUUUUCAUUUUCUAUAAUUUUUAAGACCUGGAAAGACCUGGAAAUUGAUCAAAUUUAUUCCAUACUUUUCCAUACGUUCCAUACGUGCGUAGGAACCCUGGACAUCAGACCUGGGCAUUUUUGCUCGAGGGCCACAUCCGGCCCUUUGGAUGUCCCUGCCCGGCCCUUCGUGAGGUCCAUCAGUCAAAUCAUCAACAAGCUAUACAAGUGUGUUGCUUUAUUUUGAAAAUCUAGCCGUUGUUUUAUUUCCGUCUGGACGCACGUGCAUACAUCCUAGAUCUGCAUUUGUGAACAGAGACAAGUUUAAACAUCGGCAAAAUAUGCAUAGAUGCCUUAUAAUUGCCAAGUACGCUUGUUAUAGAAGACUUAGAAGUCACUUGUAAAACUCGUGAGUCACAGGUGCGCUUUUUUGGGCUUGUUUUUAACUAGUAGUUGCUUACUUGGGCUUGCUUUUCUGUAUCUGUGAAUCCCCCUGAUUUGAAGUUGGAGUUAUUGUUGGUUCGGCCCUCCAACACGGUUCAGGAUUCUCAUGUGGCCCCAUGUAAAAAUUAAUUGCCCACCCCUGCUGUACAUGAUAGAGCCAGUGAGAAAUCCAUGUCUAUGUGCCUCAUUUGACAGAUUUUAUAGUGAUUGCUUGAUCUGCAGAAUUUACGCAUAAUUUUCUUGUAUUGAUAUCUUCGACUUAGAGAACUUGAAUGUCCAUAAAGAGGAAAUUUGAAUGAGCACAAACAUACAAACAAAUCAUGUCACACAAACCAGAUUCAGAUAAUCCAAAUCAACCAGUUUGUCUUGUGGAGUUAAAGGACACCAUGCAGACACCAAAUUUAAUGAAAAAAUAACAUUGUACCUGAUGUACGGAUGAAUAAAAAGAUAUAUCAGGUAAAAACUUCCAUUCACACAUUCACAGUAUCUCCAAGUAUCCUAAAAGAUACUAUAUUUAGGGGAGUUAUGGCACUUGAAGAACCAAAGUUCCAGAUGUUGAUGUAGUGUAGACGUAUAUAAGGAGGUUUGCUACAGUACAUGGAAAUGAAAACCAGAUCAACGACUUCCACAUGGACCGGGUCUGAUUCCUGAUUCAUGCCGUGUGGUCAUGUGACUCCAGGUGCGUAAAAAGAGAAGAAUCAAAGUUACAACUGCUUUGUGGUUUUCUCCCAGCCAGGUCUUUAGACAAACUGUACAACUUUGCCGACUGUGCCGGUCUGCACCUGAUCCUGGGGCUCAACGCGCUGCACAGGAACCCAGACAACUCCUGGAACACCUCCUCCACCCUGAGCCUCCUCAAGUACGGAGCCGGAAAGAAGUACAACAUCUCCUGGGAACUGGGCAACGGUCAGUACAGCAACACAGCAAGAACCUUUUACUAACUAACAUGAAAAACUGCAACCACACCAAGUCGAUUUAAAGUUUCUUAUUUUGAUAUGCAGUUCUGAGAUUCCUCUGAUUGUUAAUUUGGUUUAAAGGUCUGAAGAAGUAAUACGAUUAAAGAAAAAAAUGCAGACAGCCUUUAAGGGAUAUUCUGGCGUAAAAUUGACUUUAGUAACGACCGCACAAUAGCAAUACACAACGGUCUGAGGAGACAUAAACAAACCUCAAACAAAACGCCACUCUAUAGCCACAAAUAACGCUUAGAACAGCACCUAACUUCAUCAACAGGACAUAUAAGGUCCCAGCCAUAGUACUAGCCACCAAACAUCUUUUUAACUUUGACUCAUUUCUUAAGCAAAGAGACUAAACACAACUCACCUACUCUCUUCCAGCAGCCGCUUGAUUGUAGAGAGACCUAUUACAGACUACAGCGGGGUGACGCAGCUCAAGGAAGAACAUUUAUGAUCAUUUCUUUAUCAUUCCCUUGAAGUAAUAAUCACCAUACUAAUCACCAUACUAAUCCAUUUUCAGUUCUUCUUUCUUAGUGUCUCGGUGUUAUGGUGUGUUUGACCCUAAAUUAAUUUUACGCUGGAAUAUCCCUUUAAAACUCCAGUGAUCCUUGUGUUUGUAUUUUUUACUGGACUGUAGUUUUCUCUAAUGUUUCUCAAAAUUUACAGCCUAUAAAUGUAGAUAAACAUGCAUUAGUUUGCAUCUUUUUACUCUCAUGAUCUUUGUGAUAAUUAUGCAUUUCAACGGUUCAUUUAUUGCAGAUUUGCUCCAACUAUACUGUAUAGCAUUGGUUCAUGAGCUUUGAUCGUGUUUCUGCACAAACAUUAGACAAGCAACUCGGAGUUUUACACAUUUUAAAAAGUUCUUAUCUGAAAAUGAUCAAACUUUGCCUAAAAACUCUAAUUUUAAACCAGACAUUUUACUUUUAUAUCCUGAACUGAACUGAACACACUUGAUUUGUUUUUAUUCUUUUCUGAGAUAUUUGAAGAAAAAGUUGUUACUUCUGUACCUUAUUUUUAAUGCAAACAUGUUUCACUGGUGUGUCUCUAACUGCGCUAAAUAUGUAAAGUGUUAAAAUUGGAUCUUAAAGCAGCAGAGACAUUAUCCACAGAGUACAUUUAAAAUGUGGUACAGCCUUUUGAAUGAUUGAUUUUUUUCCCCCACCCUGCUGAGUUCUUUACAUGUUUGCUGUAAAACCUUAAAGAGACAUUUUUCAGACAGCGAGUGGAAAAGGAGAGUCAGGCAGUUUAAGGGUUAAGGCGGAGGUUCAGACGGGGAUGAAAAGGAACUGCUAGUCUUCGUGUCAUCCUUACCAUCUGUGUUCCUGUGGAGCUGCAGUCCACGCAGAGCCCUGUGCUUCCCGACUACACAUCACUUUAUAUUUUCAUUUCAUUUCAUCUCACAAUGGAAACCUUUCUUGUAGCUUUAGCCUAAAAGUGCUGUGAAGAAUCCUCAGACUGGACCGCAUAGAAAUGUAAGUGAGGACCUGAACUGAAGCAGAAGGAAUCAUAUUAAACAGAGCUAGAGAUUGAGUGAAUAAGCGAUCCUCUGAACAUUACGGUGUGGAUCUCAGGACUGAAGCACUUAAAAGAAACAAAUCAAAAGAAAGUUUUAUUUUAUAGCUCAAACAAAAGCUGGUACACAUGUAAUCAGAAUCCUCUUCAGAUGAGCAGUAAAAGAGCGGUGGGCCUGUAAAAUCUUACUUUCCAUCCUUUUUGGGAGACCAGCUCCCUCUCUGUCUUUGUUUAACUGAUUCUGCAAGGCCACCCUGUGUGAUUGGGCCGCUCCCCUGACACUUAGUCCAUCUGUCAGUGUUACUGCGAAUUGCCCAAUUAUCCGUUUUUUUUUUCCUACUGGCUGUUGCAGACUAUCCUGGAGUGCAAGAUCCGACUACGACAACAACAACAACAACGUUAUUCGGAGCCGCCUCCCUCCUGCCGCUUGUGUAAACUCCAUCUCUCUCUAACUCUGCGUUUUGCAUUUCCUCUUCGCAGAGCCAAACGCGUAUCGCAGCAUGGUGGGCCGAGCGGUCAACAGCACCCAGCUGGCUCAAGACUACACCAAGCUGAGGACCCUGCUGCAAUCUGUGCGCUACUACCACCGGGCUCACCUCUACGGCCCCAACGCGGGACGGCCUCGGAAGAACGCCAUCCUGCUGCUGGACGGGUGAGUCAGCAGCUAAAUCACUGAUAGAGCAGAAAUCCUUUCUUUGUCCGGCUGGGAACAAAAGGGGGGAGGUAUCGGAAAGUAUUCCCUGGUUGUUUGGACUCUUUGCCGAGCUUAACUGUGUAGUGCACACACACACACAUACGUAGUGGUGGUGUUCAGUGUUUAUGGAUUUCCACUCUGCAGGUUUCAGGGUCUCAGCUCCAGUUAAAUAAAGUGUCAGCUGAUUGAUAAUGUGACGGCACAACUUCCCACCUGCUGGUUUUACCCAGAAGCCCCGCUAUAGCCUCAGUUUGACUCUCACAGCUUAUCUAACAGCCUUUCCUGAACCGCAGCCCAGACUUCUUAUGUUGUCAAACCUUGAAUACAUAAAAUGAAGAGGUAGUUUUUUAACUUUGGUCAUUGACACUUUACUGUUUUAGAAAGCAAACAGUUUCCUUUUUAACUCCAUAUUUUUAAAGCAGCUACAAAUCCCACUCAGUACAGUAGGAAAAAAUCAUAAAUAUGCAUUAAAUCAACAUACUAAUACUGACACAGUGGACAUUAACUGGCUUUGGCGAGAACUCAUUAUUGCCACAUGGCUGUGAGGAAGAAACAGCGAGGGUAUGUUUUGUUCUUUCCGCUGCAUUUGAGAUUUCAGUCUCUCGCCAACAAAAACGACAUCCACAAGUUUUUUUUUUUUUGCUUUUGAAAAUGUAACACAGACGACAAAUAAAACAACAUAUGAGAAACAUCAAAUAAAAUAUAGUUUUUUUUCUUCAAACUUUUGUUCAGCUGAAAGUUUUGUCCUUUUAUUUUUAGAAAUGGGAGCGAUGUGUCGAUAAAAUUCCUCUCUCCCCAAAAACUGAGAAGCAGAAUCUGCAUGAAACAACCGAGCUAGAAUAUAAUUUGAUCUUUAAUUGACUGCAUCUUACUAAAGCUUAAUGCAGGUAUACAGAGAGGGCUAUUUUUUUGUUUUAUAAUUAGACCUCCUCCUGUAGGCAUCAGUUGGUGAUAGCUAGUGUAUUAACAGAUCAUGUAGAUAGUGUUGGUAGUUGUGAGAUAUGAACACAACGAUUGUCCGCAACUAAAUUCCAGUGACUUUUUGCCAAUCUCCUCUGCUGAUCCUCAAGUUUAGGAGUCUUUUCAAAGGUUUUAGGAAAAGGUAUUAAAAGUGCAUCGAAUACUGGAUAUGACUGUAAAUUUAAGAAAAAUAUCAGAUACAAAUAAACACUUAAACGUAGGGAUGAAGAUUUGUAUCUUCAUUCAUAUGUAUAUAAUUACCCUGUUAACACUGAUCUGUCUGCAAGUUAUUUGCAAUGCACCAAUGUUAAUUAUCUAAGGCCCCAACUACACGAAUGCGGAUAUAUUUCAAACCGCACAUAUUUAUGUCUGAUUAGGCCUCCCUACCAAAACGGGAGUUUGGAACACUCAAACCGGAUAAAUCUGAAUCCGAAAAAACAAGUGGAGAAAUAAAAAAAUAUCUGUAUAAGUGUAUUCGUGUGGUUGAACUUUUACGGAUCGAUGACGUCAAACCGCAGCUCGCGCAUCCGAAUUAAAAAGAAAAACAACAACAAAGAUGGCGGACAUACAGGGUAUUCUUUACGUUUGUUUUGCUCUUUUGGGGCUAAUUUCAGCCUUGCAAGUGAACCUUGUUUUAUACAAUUACAUCCACCAGUCAGCCAGCUCACAGAGGCGUCUCUGCGCCCAAUACUUACAUGGACCCGACGCACUAGUUUAGUUUCCGCAAACAAUGCAUGACGCAUCAUGCUGUUACGAUUCAUCGCAUUUAAAAACAAAAAUGGGUUGUGCAGACUCUAACACAGGAGGAGGGUUAAAAUAUUGUGUCCAUGGCACACAAAUUCAUCCUUAAGUUAGAGAAACUCUGUUGUGGGCGAUGAGACUUACAACAAACAAAGAUUCAGGAGCUCAUAAUGCAGCUAGAAGUAUCUUAUAAAGCUUUGGUUUAAACAGACUAUCAUAAACUCGUGCUGAAAUUACAUCAGUGUAUGCAAGUGUGUGUACAUUUUCAUCACAUGAACAGUGUAAUACGUCAGAGGCCCAAGCACAGUUUGACAGAAGGGAGUCAGGAGAGAGGAGGUUUUGAUAUGAGCCUCCCUCAACUUACAUCAGCGGGCCUGUGAGAAACUGUUGUUUAUCUCUGCAGCCAUAAAAAGACAUGUCUGCUGUCUCCCUCCCUUACCUGUUAGUGCACAUGUACUGUACCGUUCAGGAAGAUUGAUGGGCAGUAAAAUCAGAGGAAAGGGGGUACGUAGAGGAUGAGCAGUGAGAAGAGGAGAAGGAGGAGGAGGAGUGAGAGCAUGAAGAGUAGAGAGUGCAGGAGUAUCCACAGGUCAUGGGUGACACAUUUAACGGUGGAGUGAUUCUUGUGUGUUUGACACAGUUACGAGGGGGGUGGCUCUCAUGUUUGACAGUCCAACUACUCUGCCGCUCUCAGGAAAUAAGAUAAAUUAGACACUGAGCUACUCAACAGUCCAAAUAUCAGAGCAGGGCAGACUAAACAAGCUGGAGCAGUGAAAGUUUAGAGACACACAUUUGGGUAAGUCUGACAAGAUGUUACCCCCAAAUAUGGAGAGAUUUGGAUCAGGUAGACGAGGAAAAACACACAUAUAAAUACACACAUGGAUACAAAAGCUGAGAAAGGAGAACGAAACCCCCCGGGAGGACUGUAUGGGUGGAGGUUUUGUUUGUGUCUGUGAAAGACAAACUGGAUUCAGUACAAUUGUUGUGUCCUGAGGCGGCUCAUUUUUUAUGUUAUAGUACCUAUAACAUUCGCAGCUCAUAUUUAGCACGCAGAAAAACUCUGCGAAUCCCUUUAAGUGUUAACUUUGUAGGGCGCUGACACAGAAUCUCUCUUUUUCUGUUUUAUUUUACAGUCUCUCAAUAUUAACUUCUGCACUGAGCCUUUGAAAACAGACCUCCCGCAGGCAGUUUGAGUCGGUCAUUAGUGGCUCUUGAGUGAAAACUGUUACAGCCAGAGACCCUAUUUGCUCGGGUAUUUUUGUGGGGCAGUAUUACAAGGAUGUCAUUAGUCGGAGCACAACCCACCAGAGAUCCUGAUCAGCUUGACCUUGUUAUUAAGAGAACCAGCUCUGAAGCUGGGCUAUACACGGUUCAGUUCUGGUCCGUCCAUUCAAUUAUUCCAUUCAAUCUAGUAAACGAAAAACGAGUCAAUAUUUUGUUUAUUUGUUUUUCUGUAUAACCAAAAAAUUUAAAAAAAGUGUUUGUUUUUCAUAUUUUCAGCUCAAAACAGAAUGUAUUAUAGAGAAAGAAACGAAAACAAAAUAAUAAAUCUUAUUUUUCAAUUAUUGAUUUUGAGUGUGCCUGUUUUGAGCAUACGUGCACGGAGGCUACACUGGCCUUCCCAUGUCACUCACUUUUGUACUGCACCGGCAGAACGGGGCUCCGAAGCGCUGACUGAUUCAGUGAACGAAUCUUUUGAACGAAUCCUUUUAAUGAACGGAUUCUAAAGAUUCAGUACAGUCAAAAGAACUGUUCUUCCCAUCACUAGUCCAUCUCCAUGACAACAGGUUAGCCUUUCUCUACCGCUCUGGCCUGGAGUUUUUGGUCCACGUUGUCGUCUACUUUGCUGCACAAUGCGCAUGUGCGGACAGUAGAAAGGCACAGAGGGAAAUUAAUAAUAACAUCAAUCACCCGAAAAGUAGAUUUAUUAUUAUUUUUUAUUAUAUAUUCUGUUUUGAGUUGAAAAUACAAAAAAAAAACACUAAUCUUUAAUUUUUUGGUUAUAUAGAAAAACAAAUAAACAAAAUAUUGACUCGUUUUUUCGUUUACUAGAUUGAAUGGAAUAAUUGAAUGGACAGAUAACACACGGACCAGUUCUACAGUGUUAUUUAGUUCAUUUUAAGAAAGUCGAAACACCUGUGCUAGAGCUUUACUUUGUAUUCCUCCCAGGAUGAACAGGUACAUGUGACCAAAACACAAUCAGCUUUUCUAAAAACAAAGCAGGGAAAGUUUCUAAUAGCUGACACACUUAGAGCAACAGAAAUAUUUGAGUCGGACUUUCCUAAAAUGAACAAAUUUCUUAGUAAAAUUGACCCUCUCUGUGAACCUAGCCCACUGCUAUCUCCUGUAGAUAAUACACCUCAUAAUUGACCACUUCAGAAGUCCCUGAAACUUCUAUUUUUUAUCAUACUUGCUACUUUUGUUCACUUUUGAAGGUGGGAGUCUCAGGGGUUAAAUUUUUAGUAAAACUCAGAGUAAAAAGUUUGAUGCGCACACCAAAGAUGUGACAUUUUACUACUGGGCAGAUCUGAAGUGCUAAUUUAAGAUUUUCACAUGUUUUUACCUUUGCUUUUCUCUAACUUAGAAUAUGUUGUGAUUCUUUCUCUCCUUCCUUUCUCACUUUCUCACUUUGUUACACUUCCUUAAAUCUUGAUGGAUAAAAUGUAAAAGUAACGACAGUUUCUUUUUCUUCUGACUUGCAGGUUCAUGAAGAGUGCUGGCUCAGUUGUAGAUGCAGUUACGUGGCAACAGUAGGUAUUUUACCCUUUUUUUCUACUUUAUCACUUUGUCUGUCACAGAAAUAAACCGACCCUCAGUCCUCUAACAGCUGAAUACUCACUCAAGUUAUUCUGAAUUCAUGUCAUGUUAUGUUUUUAAACCUUUAUUUCCACAUUAUUUCAGUGAAGUAGUUCCCGGAAACAAAGGCUAACACUGAGCUGUGAUUAAAAGUGUGCGUGCCUGUGCUAAAUUAGUAACAUUUGCUGUUUGCCGAUUGCGCAUCUUGCAAGAAUGCAUACAGAUACAGUAUAUCGACGGUUUGACCUCUCUGCUGCUCUAUCUGUAUCUCUUUGCACAUAUGUGUAAAAUAUGCACACAGGGACACACCCACUUUGAGCUCCUCCAAACUGAGCAGGCGGUCAUCAAGGUGAAGGUCACAUCUGAUUAGAAGAAAUUAGAAGAAACGGAAGGAGGCAGGCCUGUCAGAAAGGCUUAGAAAAACACCACCCAAACAGUUAAAACCAAACCAUAUGCUCUGGCUCAUUCCCUCUGUCAAUUAGCCUGUUUUACACCAGAGGUGCAGAUUCCAGUCUAACCAGACUGCGUGACAGAAACUCUGACCUCUACAAAACAAGCCAAACCUAUAAAAGUGUAGAGCACUCAUUAACACGUCUACGACACAGGUUUUACUCCUCUACAGCUGGCUCCAGUUGAUUUGAGUCAGACGCAGUGUGUCAGUAAAGCAGCAUUUACGAUACACCGGUUCAGAGAAUCAGCGUGUCUGUCUGUCUGUCUGUCUGUGGGUUCAGGUCAGAGUUAGACUGUCAGAGCUUGUAGUGAUGAAACAUGAUGUUUAUACAGGGAAAUAUCUGUGUACAUGCAUGUCCACUACACCCAUAUGUGGUUUGACUUAUGUUAUGAUGUUUUCUUCACAACAUUGUAGUUUCACAUUUGCUGCAUCUUGUUUUAGUUACUGCUCAUCCAUUUUUGGAUUCAUGAAAAUAAAACCCGAUCCCUCUGUCCCUGUCUUUCCAUCUCUCUGUGAAAUUAAGUUACCAAAGUCAAAUUCCUCGUGUAUUUACAGAAACUUGAAUCACCCAAUGAGGCUGAUUGUAACUCUGGUUUUAAUACACCAAAGAGAAAGAGCAGACUUUUUAAAAGUGCUUACCCGCACAUUUCCUGGUGUCCCGAACUCAACUUUUUUAUUGGAAGGAAGAGGCUCAUUUGAUCAGCCGUGAAGAGUGGUGAGCAUUUUUCUGAGCAGAUUUUUAAGUGUUGUUCAAAAAACAAUUGGAAAAGACCCAAAGUGAGUAGAAACAUCGAAACAUAUUCACAAUAAUAAUAACUUAUAUUAUUAUAAUAGCACGUUUAAAAACAGAAGUUUACAAAGUGCUUAGACAUAUAGUCAUAAAUCACAGGACAUCAGCACAUGGAAAUAAAAACAAAAGCCUCAGAAUUGAAGGCCGACAAUAAGCGACUCAUGCCACUAUAGAUAUUCGGCAUAGAUAUCUAACACUAUAGAUGGCUAACAUUACUCUUCUCUUUAUGUGGAUAAGCUAAAGUACAGACGCUUUAGGUGUUUUUAUUUUCACUAAAGAAAGAUGAAGCAUUUCAAGUGAGCACUUUUUGCACUGAGUUCUGUAAAUAAUGAAGAAUAACCGGGACUUUGUUUGUAGAAAUUCAUAUUCUUGUCAUUUUUUAUUUUUAUUUGCUUUAUUUUGGUUUAGAAGUGACAAUAUCAGUUUGUUUUGGUCUAUUAGUCCAUCUCUGUGAAUCAACAACCCUCCGAUAGAUUUCCACACAACUUUUUGUCGGUCCCAGAGCACCAAUUUUAAUCAUUUUGUUACUCCUCAUUAGGACGUCUUUGACAUUUAUGAGUUUAAAUUUAGUUUAAUUUGUUUCAUUGGCUUACAAAUAUACAAAUAAUAUGGAUAAACAAUAAGAAAAGUGAUGGAGAGGUGCAAAAAACCCUCAGAGGGGCUCAAUCUGGGCUCUCUCCGGAACCUGUAUGUAUAUAUAUAUUACAUUACAUAACAGAAGUCCCUUAAAAAGAAAUAUGUAAAAGAGAGAAAGAAAACAAUAAAGAAGACAUUUUAUGAUGAGAAAGAAAAAGUGAAACAUCUUGACAAUUAUCAGAUUGUUUGCUGUAAAAAAAAUAAAAUAAAAAUCAUUCACAUCUCCAGGAGAGCUGCGUACAACUUUUUAUCCUUAAUGUAUUUUUGAGUCAGUGACCAUCUUUUGUACUUAAAUACGAUAGUAAACAUCCUAAUAAUCAUUAUAAACAUUAAGUUUAACAAAUAAGCAAGCUUUAUCAAUCUAAACACGUCAGAAAUCUGCUGUAAGCUGUGAUCUACCGCCUCAUUCUGCAGCUCGGCUCCCUCUCAGUCUGUUCCCCCUUAACUAGGAGAGGCUGUUUCACGGCGAGAAAAUUAAGUUUGGCAAAACUGCGUGACCAGUCCGCUGCCAGUUUGAGCUGUGAAAGCAUGAGUAUGAUAACUGAGCGAGACAAAUUUAUGACUUGCUGUUGAGAUGCCUGAACAACACAGUUAUAGAGGCCCUUAAUUGUUGCAGCGGUGGGGCAUUAGUGGUGUGAACAUCUGAGUGUUAAACAGUGAAAAACUCCUAAACUUGUUUCAAUUAUGAAGUGAUGAAAGGUAUGCUUUAACGACCCUUGCUUUGAAAACAAGGGCUUGAUGUACCCUCAGGCCUCAGAAACCAAAAGCACAUUUACUUUGUUCAGAAACUGGUAACCACCCUACGCUACGAUGGCCGUGCCGACACUUAAAAACAGCGUAUUUUUAUUUUUUUGUCAUGACGGCGGUGCUGCUGCAAGCUUAAGUUUGGAGCAUGAUUCUGAGAAUAUUCUGAGGUGUCAAAGAUACGCGAUCUCUUUCUCUCAUGCUUGGAAAUCUCAAGAGGAUUGUAAAUUUGCUAUUGGUAAUCCGGGGAGUAGUUUUCCCUUCAAAUGUUCUUAUGUGAUCGCCUACUGGUCUGUAACUCCUUAUUCGGCAGUUGCACUAAAUAUAAACUUCUUUACACUUGAUGUGAAGUUAUCAGGUGUUAUGAGACUACAUUUAAGACUUAUUCGAUGGACUCUGUUUUAAAAAGCUCCCGUUAAACUUGUUCAGCUUCACAUCUUUUUGUCUUGAAUCACAAAUUUGAAGAAGAAGGCAGUAUUAUUCAAAAAACACUCUUUAAAUGUAGUUUUAUUUUACUUUGUAUGCAACUGUGGACAAAAUGAAAACAUCGUUUUGAUGAAUAUUGCAGUCACUUUAUUUAUUUUACAUUGUGGUGACUUUUUAGUCAACUGUUCAUAUUUUGAUUCAUACAUAUAUUCUGUCUUUUCUCUGUUGUCAGAGCUGGAAUGAGAAAAAAAAAGCUCUGGUAUUAUUUUUGCUCUCACUGGCCCAAAACACUUUAAUUUCAUAGUGUGGUAUUUACAAGUUACCUAUUGUACCAUCCUCUAGGCUUGAUCUUGACAAAAAGGAAGACUAGGGGAUAUAGCUCACAGCUUUUUCACAAGGAGCACACAAAGAACUUUAGGAGCACAAUGAAAAUUGAUCAAAUAAUGUGUGUCUUAUUGUCCGACAUAAGUGCUAUUAUUUGAAAUCAAUUUUAAGUCUUUUGGUCACAUGACAUGGAAGCUAUUGAAGAAAAUGUUCAAAAUUUACCUUUAAAUUUAACACAAACAUUUUUUAAAAGGACAAACUGGGGGAAUAAAGAGGUGUGUCUUAUUGGUCGACAUAAGUAUUAUUUUUUAAAAUCAAUUUUAGGUCAAAUGGUCACGUGACGUGUAAGCGAUUAAAGGAAAAAAGCUUUUUUUGAGAAAGUCAACCAGUAAUUUAUUGAUGGUCCCUUAUUCAACAUCCGACGUUGGCAGUGAGGGUGCCGAGUAGAUUUAACCGCGCUGCUGUUGUUAUUCCUGGUUAUGGAGAGUGAGAAGUCACCAGUAGAUCCGCAGUGAAUGCCCAUCGAACUAAAACUAACUUUACUGUGGUAUUUACAUGAAAAAACUGUUUUUUUUUCAUGCGCACAUGUGCCCCUAAAUUCAUUUUACAAUUCGCACACAUCUAUUUAAAAAUCAUAAAUGUGAGUGAAACGGUCACGCUGUCGAGCCCUGUAGCUUUUAUAUAUUAUUAAGAAAUGCACCUUCAGUUCACUCACUGUUCAGUGGGCACUGAGAGCUCAUUGGGCGUUAUUGUGUCACAGUUUUACUCUCCAUGCUCUCUUUGUCCCUCUGUUUUACUAACACAUGAUCCUCCUGCUGCUUGUUUUGCUGCAGAUGUUUGUCUUUACCCUUAGUUUCAGAUGACUAAAGUGUGCAUCAACAUCAAUGUCAGCCCUGUCAGCAUGCAGAUCACCUGCUGUCCUAAUAGAACUGCAAGUGAAACCUUUGAGAGCUUGAGUUUUGUAAUUUGGUUGACUCUACAAAUAUCAGCAGAGGCUCAGACACUUGAGGUAACAAAGGAGAGGGGCAGCAGAAACCUCUCUGUGAGAAAUGCAGGCAAUCAAACAAAGAGGAUUUUACUAAUGAACACGAGGUUGACAUGUGCCAGAUGAAUAAACUCGACAAAACAAAGCAAAAUAAGACACAACUGUCCACUGCCUCUGAAGGAAAAAGCUCUUAAAACCAACAACAAAGACUCACAAUGUGAAUGUAAAAUACAGGGACACCCCUGUAACCUCCCACUGCAGACCUCUCCUGUUCAAAGCAGAGGUACAGCUCUUUAAUGUGCACCCCAUUUACCCAUAGUCCUUUGCUGCAUAUCAUCCAUGAUUCUCCCUCCUAUGGUCCUUUGCUAUAUUUACUGUCCUUUUCUCUAAGUGAAGAUACUGAAAGCCCAAAAAGUAAUCUGAAAAAACAAACUUUAAACUUUUACACAUAUGAUCCUUCUGAUACAAAUACUAUAAAUCCUGUUUACAUCGAUAUUUACACAGAACAUGAAUAUAUAUGAAAAAAAGUACAAAUAAACUCAGGCUGUGAUAAAAAUAGUGACUUUAAAGGUAGUGUAAAGAUACCUAAAUUGAUUUAAAUCAAAGUUGCGUUAAAUCAAAGUAUUUUACUGUUUUACAGAGCUUGUAUUUAAUGUGUAUGUGAAGUUGGGUCAAAAGUCUUGUAAAAGAGCCUCUUCUGCUGUUUAGGUUUCAGGAACCGUUAUUCAUAUCUUUGAUUCCUAAAACACCUAAGUAAGGUUGAAAACAUGAGACCAUUAGUCCCAGUUUCUUGUUUUUCCAUUCCUGGUGUCAGUAUACUCCUGCGCUUCAGUUUCCAUCCAUCUCUGUCUGAUGUGAUUAAAUCCAACCCUCCGGUCUGUGCUCUGCUCUCGUAACAGAGUGUGAAAUAUUUUCAUCAGUGAUCUCUGUGUGAUUUGGAUCUGGUUCUCAGUGAAAGUUCUGUAAAACAAGCAGGCCAUGAAGAUUUUGGCCUGACAGACGGAGAAACAUUUAAUCUUGGUUAUUUUAGCGGCUCAAGUUACAUUUUUAACGAACAAUAGUUCUUGGUGCUUUGGUCAACUGUGUGAAUACAAGAUUUCUGCUAAAAAGACUCAAACUUUUUACACUUUUAAUGAGAUUUCUGCUCAUUCACUUGGAUGUUUUCUUAGUAAAGAAAUAAAGUCCUUCCUCUUCAUCUGAUGCAUUAACGACUUUAGCUAAAUUAUCCUGAAGUACAGAUUUGUAGAUGAUGUUAAAGUUCUGUUAACUUUAAUGUUGCCUCCUUAUAUGAGCUGGAAUUCCUCCUCUUAGGGAGCUGCACUGAAGACUUAUUGCGAGCUCCGUUCAAAGAUGACAGGAUAACUAAAUAAUUUGUGUAAAGCUAUGACUUAACCCGUGUGUUGUUUACAGUACGAGGCCAGGAGCCGGGGACUUUUCCAACACUAUGACAAAAAAUUUGUAGCUCAGGUUGCAACACGGCUUCGACAUCAAAUUCAACUCUUUUCUCAGCAUUUUUUAAAGAUGUUCCUCGUUCAUGAUUGACGCAGAUUUUGGCGUUUUCAUUUGGUAUUUUCUGUUCUCUGGAUUUAUUACUCACAGGAGUUCAGCUCCUUUUUUUUCCCUCUUGAUUUGCUGAACUUUUACCGUGUGAUUAUUGGAACUGGCAUUUUUAAAGUUACUGAAUAAGCUCAAUUAAACAUUGGCAUUUAUAGAUCAUUAAAGUCUUUUCUAAUUUUGGAAUUUUGGCAGAAAAACAGCAGCGACUUAACCCAUCUGGUAUAACUUUUGUCAUUCAGAAUAGUCAGAACAGAAAUGUGAUUUGAAGAUUUGAGAUUUUUCGAAAUGUCUCACCGAUAGAUUUUUGUAAUAUCUUUAACUAUUUUAUGUAUUUAUGCAAGUUUAACUUAAUAAAAUACAGCUUUUGGUGGAUCAUGUAGAAGUAAUGCAGACUUUUUUGCUGCUUAUGUGCCCCAUCAAAGUUAUUGUUGCCCUUACACGCUGAUGUUGUUCUGCAUAUCUCUGUGAUUUGUAUCUAAAGAUAUUUCAACAGAGGUCAGGUGGAGUAUGAAAAGUGGAUGUCAGUUUUCUUUUGCUGUUGCAUUAUGGGAUUGAUACUUCAUCUUUCAGACUUUUAGAGCCUGUUGGGUUUGGAUUUAUCUCACCAUUAAAAUGUUUUGGCUGAGGAGCCUUUAAACCCUUAUAUCAGGGAUUGUCUGACUAGAUACUUGGUUUGGACAUUGUAAUAGUGACAUGUGAUCAGUCAAAUCAUACACGAUAUCAGUAUGAUCUAAAACAAGUCAUGCUGUCAACAUAAUAUAUGUGUGAUGAAUCUGAAAUCACUAAUGCAGCUUUAACAAACUGAUGGCUGUGCAGACAGACUCUGAGACCACGUGUCUUUAAAAUCAAAGCAUUUACUGUCACAGAUCAAACGUUCAAUAUAAUGAGACAGAUUAUAAGAUAGUGUGUUUCUGCUAGUCCUGGUGCUCAGUGAUGUGGUGGGCACAUGCAUGGACUGUUUUUACUUCUUUGAAAGGUACAGAAGUUAAACCAUCAUCAAUCUGGUCUUCUUGAUAUUCCAAUAAACAUCACAGACAGAAAAAAAACACAACAUCAUAUUUUUCAUAUUUUAAUAUAAGCCUGAAUAAUUAAAAGUGCUUACGUGAUUAUCUACAAACUUCCUUUCAAAACUUUGGAUCUCAGCACAGACAAUACCCACUGAGCGUUUUUUGGUCUAAAAGAGGUCUAAUAGAUGUCUAAAUGUAGCCUAGACAACUGGUCUAAAAUCAGGCUACCACAGGUCUAAAAAUGAACGUUUAUUAGACGUCUAAAUUUAGAACAAGUCUAAACCUGGGCUAUAUCUAUACUACACUGAAUAUUGCUCAAUGGCUAUCAAGUACUUGGAGGUCAGUUAUGUAACUCACAGUUGCUUUUUGAAAUAAAUAGUUAUCCAAUAAUGGGUUAAAGUGCAACAUCAAAAUUCCAUCUAAAAAUAUACAGAAUCUAGACGAUUGAUAUUAGGUCUAAAAAAACUAGAUGUCUAAUAACCGUCUAUUGCUCAGUGGGUACUAUGAUUAAGGAGGCAAACCAUUGAAUUUAUUUGGACUUUUGAGACACUUAUAAUUAAUUUUCUGUGCUAAAGCAGCUAUUAGUUUUAGAGAAAGAUUAAUUUUUAUAUUAUUUAUAUAUGUGGCAGCAAAUGUAGAGAAGUAAAAUUAGUAAUUUAUAUAUGAAUUAAUUACUCAGAGGUCGACUAUUCACAGUUAAUCUUGCAAACGCAGCAGAGGGUGUUUGGGAGAAUUGUUUACAACAGGGUUUUUACAGUGCUUUGCCAGACGUACUGCUUUUAAUUAUUCCAAUGUGUUGUUUACUGCAUUAUUUUUCCUUAAAGAAUUUCACAACACUACACAGUAUAUAAGUAAGUAAAGUUUACUUAUAGAGCGCUUUUCACAGAUAAAAAUCACAAAGCGCUGUACAUAAAAUAAGUGCAAUUAGAUAAAAACGGUACAAAAGAUAAGUACAGAUACAGACACAAAUACAGAUACAGUACAGGUGAGUACGGAAAUAAGUGCAGAUGUAAAAGAGACAAACAAAACCCUGUUAAUAAAAGCUUGUCUAAAUAAAAGAGUCUUCAACUGCUUUUUAAAAUUGUUCCAGAGUCUGGGGGCUACGUUAUAGUACCCUUUAAAGAUCAUACUAGUUCAUCUAAGCUGCGGCUCUAGUUUUAGGCCUACAGUGUUUAAUAGUGUUGUACAACCACACACUGAGGUCAUUAUAAAUCCUAAAUAAGUUAUCAUACCUCCCCAGACAGAGAGUUGUUGUUUCAGACUUGUGCACCCUGAUUGUUUUGCUGUAGUCUCCGAAUUACAAAAAAGUAUGUCACUGUGUUUUAUGGAAACAUGAACCAGAGCGUGUGGUUUCUCUGUCUUGGACUCUCACAUGAAUUCUUGGAGAGACUUGCUGUUUACCCCAGGGAUGAUGUUGCUUUAACUACCAAAAAAACUCUGUGUCUCAUUACGCUCUCUUAACAUCACGUCUCAUUAUCAUCUCUGCCUGUGCCUGUAUCACCCCCCCUAUACACACACACACAAACACACACACACAAACAGUCUGCAUUACACUUAUUCCUCUGUCUCAGUCCGUCUAAUCCUCCUCUUAUGCAAUCCCACAUUUUGACGUAGAAUUGGAUUGUCUGAACUCUAAAAUGUUAUUGAAUAUGUCAGCCCCUGUUUAUUGUAGGAGAACAUUGUGUUGUAUGCUACAUGUAUGGGACCAGUGUUAACUUCAGGGUUUGGAUUUGAACCUGGUUUUCUAUAAUGAGCUGCAGCAACGUUGAUGGAGAAACCAGAUUUGUGUUUCUAGUUCUUGAUUUGUGGUUAAAAUUACAUCGACUGACCUGGCUCUGUAAUAUGCUAUCAAAGUGUUAGAUUUAUUUAAUGUGCAUUGCUUUAAGCACUUAGUUGUAGUUUAACAUGUAGAGUUGGGUGUACUGAGGAUUAUAAUGUUUAAAUUUCAAUUUUAAUUUGAAUUAACUUUGGAUCAUCUCCUCUGUGAUAAAAUAAUGUUUUUUUCAUAUCAUAGGGAUCGUACAGUGUGUUUCUCUCACAGCAUUUUCUCCUCAUUUCCAUUAAAGUUACUUCAUGGAUGGCCGAGUGAACAAAGUGGAGGAUUUCCUCAAAACUCGUCUGCUGGACACGCUAACUGAACAGAUCAAUAAAGUCAACAAGGUACCUUCAUUUCCCUCUAACUUCGACCAAAUAUUAUCAUGUUUUCAGGAUAGUUGUCCAACCCUGUGCAUGACUCAGAUCUGUACUGGAGAUACAACAUUUUUUAAAUACCUUAUGUGUAUUUGAGGAUUUAGAUCUUGUUUAGCUAAGUUUCAAUUUCAAAUAUUCAGGGAAGAAAAUGAAGAAGUGGAUUCAAUCUGGAGAUCAUAUUUGCUUCCGUUUUAGUCUGCCAGGUUAAGGAUGAGCCUUAUAUAGGCUUGUAUUUGUGAUGCAAGGCAAGGCAUCUUUAUUUAUAUUGCACAUUUCAUACCAAGGCAACUCACUGUGCUUUACAUAAAAAUAUUUUUUUUUGUUUUAAAGAACAGCAUUAAAACAACAACAACAAAAAAACUCAGUUAAAAGCAGGAGCAAUAGAUAAAGUUUAAAAUGAUUAAAAAGAGCUCAGCCACAAGCACAUGGAAAGAGAAAUGUUUUUAACCUGGAUUUAAAAGUGCUUACAGAUGGGCCUGAUUUCAGUUCUGCUGGUAGUUUGUUCCAGUUGUGUGAAGCAUCACAGCUAAAUGCUGCUUCACCAUGUCUGGUUGGAACUCUGUGUUCCACUAUCUGACCUGAGUCAGUCGAUCUCAGAGCUCUACUGGGUUUAUACUGUACUAACAUAUCAUUCAUGUAUUCUGGACCAAAACCAUUGAGAGAUUUGUAAACCAGUAGCAUCCUCUCAGUACAAAAGUAACAAACACAGAAGAUAUUGAAGCACAGCUGAUGAGUUUGAAGAGAUGCCCUAAAGUUAGAAGCAACCAAACUUCAGUCAGGUAGUUUUGUGAAGGAGGAGUGGGACUAUCUGCUGUGUAACAAAACAACUAUAAGUCUAUGAGAUCUGGUUUUUGUGUCUCCACCUCUUGGACAUGAUUAAAUUGUUUAUUUUUAUGAGCGUUUGUUGACAGAUUCAUGUAUUUCCAUUAGCUCAGAGAAAUAUUAAGUGUCAUUAAAACCCUUUUAGCGAGUUGUAAACGUCCUCGUUUACUCCUUUUUGUAAUCCUCCUAAAUGAAACGUACCAGUUCAAGAGACCCCAAAGAAACAAAGCUGAUUUCAUGUUAAAGGACCCGUGUUUACAUUGUUGAUUGCAGAUCGUGAACACACAUGCACCUGGCAAGAAGGUGUGGCUAAGCGGACUGGGGCCAGCGUGGGCAGGUGGCAUCAGUAAUCUCUCAGACACAUACGGCGCUGGUUUUUUGUGAGUUCUGCAAUCAUAUUAAAACUGUUCUGUAAAUCAUGGCACCAAUAACAUCAGCGUAGCCAGCUGAAAAGGAUUAUGUGCAUGUUUUGUUUUAUUGGCAAUAUUUAAGACGAUCAAAAGCGUCGCUGAUGUUUUUCUGUGUAUGUGUUAUUGUAUAUUCCAGGUGGAUGAACACGCUGGGUAUGGCGGCUCUGCAGGGAAUUGAUGUCGUCUUGCGUCACUCAUUCUUCGACUAUGGAUACACACAUCUCGUAGACCAGAACUUUAACCCUUUACCUGUAAGUAUCUCGAAGCCACAACUAAAACUAACAUGGUCAGCCCUGUUACUGUCUGGACCUCAGAUCCAGCGCUUAGAUGGCACCUCUUGCUCUUUCCCGUGGGAGCUAUUAGGAGAGAUGAAAGCCGUUUAGUGGUGAUGAGUGGUUAGACGUGGGGGCGAAAUGCCAUGAAACCUUAGCCUUUUGUCAGAAGCUCAGGACAGUGUCACUGCUCCCCUCAUCCCCCUUCACAACUGUGUGCUCCUCUGUGCAGGACAGCCGGCCGCUGAGAGAUCUGCAACCCGAGAUGCAGAUUCGUGGGCAUGUUUGUUAGAUAGCCUGCAACAUUGUUUAAAACAGAACCAGCUCAAAUCCAGGUCCUGCUGCGGUUUGGUACUAGUAAACACAAACCAAAUUACAACAGGAGUAGUUAAAUCUACUUGUAAAUCACCAAACAUGUUGUUUUAAACAGAGUUUAAACAGCAGAGAUGAGUAGAAAGCAGAGAUUCAGGUUGUAAUGUUCCUUUUUAAGCUCUUAAAUUCAGACAUCUUGAUAAUUUACCCCUUUUAUUAAAAAAGGGCAAUAAAGUUUAGUGUUAAACUGAUCUCAUUCUGCCGAAACAAUAAAUUUAAAGAGUGAAGUAGUGGUAAAACGCAGCCACCGGCCAAGUUCAUAAAAAAUUUAUGAACUAAAUAAAAAGUGGUAAAUAUUACGCUGAGGUUGCCGGGGUGGAGCGUGGGUUAGGGACUUACAUUAAUGACUUUUACAAUAAGUCAUGUUUUUUUUUUUACAAUAAAGGGUAAAGAUGAAAGUAUUCAAACAUAAACCAGACCUGUGUUUUUAUUCCAGAUCCUUUCAUUAAUGCCUGGACAGACACAGCUCUGCAUAGAUUAAAUAUGCACAAUAACUGUUGGCAUAGCAACCUAUGUUAUGGGCUAAUGAUCAUUUGUGCAACAUCUAACAAAAAUGUCUCCCUAAAUCCCUCAUUAGCUCUCCAAACCCGGUUUACCUUUUGCCUCCCCACCAUUUAUCAACUAUACGGUAUUAAACAAUUGCGAUUACUUACAUUUUUCUUCUCUGGUCGUCUCCAUUAUUUUUCGGGGAAUGUUAGUCCCCCGCCGGGUUCACAAUGCUUUAAACAUGGCUGGAUGUUUGAAGGCUGCACCGGCCUACCUGCUGGGAGACUUCACUGCAGGGCCAGUCUGUCCUCUGCACAGGAAAUUUAUGACCUGGCCCCUUCCCCUAUAGGAUGACUCCCCUAUUGGUAGACCUCAGUCAAAGCCCCUUCACCUAUUUUCAAAACCUAGCCAUGUCCAACAAAGUGCUCUGCCCCGGAUCUCCUCUGUUUUCUCUGUGUUGUUCUGUUUAAAAUCCACAUGCGCCUGUUGUCUCCCUCCAGAGGUUUGUUGUAACCUCUGAUGAACGUGAUUGAAGCUCUUGUUUGGGUUUCAUUAGUAUUUGGUGUCUGUCAGAAGUGAGAAGAGAUUCAAGGUGAAUAAAUGCGAUCAUCAAGCCCUGUAUGUAAAAUGAUCAAUUACUCCAAUUCAUCGCCUUUACCUAUUCAUUCACAUAAUUUAACGCUUUUUAAAUCAGUGUUUUCUCUUCUUCUCUAACAGCUGGGACCUUCUUAUUGUCUUAUGAAAAAUCCAAUUAAAGGAUUGUUUUUCCCACUUUUUCAUGGCUGUAGUAAAACUUUAAACACUGACAUGUUACAAAAAAAGAAAGGAUCAUAAAACAAGCUUGACUUUGAUCUCUGAAUUGUUAGGUAUUAACUGGGUCUUAAUCAGGCAGUCUGACUCUCAUUUGCUCAAUUUAGCUAAACACUUGAGGUUAAUCUUUAUUCUUCCCAUUAUCCUCCCAUUAUUCCCUAUUAUUCUGAACUGUGCAGCUAAGCUUAGAUUGGUCUCUGGUGUAUAGUUGUACUUUUCCAGAGUUCUUGACAUGUUACUGGUUUGCUGUUACUGGAGCCUGCUGGUCUUUCUCUGCUUGUUGGUAUUUGUUGCUUUAAUGAUCAUCCUCUCAUUAACAUCUGCUAUUGAUAUGACACCUAUCCAGUAGGUGUAGAUGUUCUGCAUGGACUUAUAUGUAGUUGUUUGAACAUACAUUUUAAUUGUGGCUAACUGGCUGCAUAUUUGAAUAACUGCAAAUUAGGGCCCGACCGAUAAAUCGGCGAGAUGAUUAAAUAGGCCAAUUUUAGCCCGUUUGAGACUAAUCGGCCAAAACUCGCUGAUUUUCGCCGAUAUUUUCAUAAAUAAAAUGCGGAGAAGAAGAUUCGGUUUUACUUCGAAAAUGUUCCGCCAUUUGAACAGACCCCCCAACUUAUCCAGUAGGUGGCGCAGUGACCUCAUGACAAUCUUCAUCCACUAACUACCUCACAGCACAGCAGAGUGACGGAUCUGAAGCAGGCAGCUCAGGGACGCACGGAGGAGAGUGGUCCGCCUCAACUGUAAAUAAACCAGUCAGUGAAAUACACAAUAAGUCAACAAGUUUCAGUACAACACUAUUCACCAUGUUCCCCGCUGUGCUGGUCUCGGUCACGCCGAGUUAACGGUGAAGCACCAUGUAAUAACCAAGCUAAAGUUAGAGUUAGCCACCUGCUAUUAGCCUUGCUACACUGUUAGCCGUGCCAGUAACGGUAGAAUAAACAACAGAACACAUUAGUGAUCGAGCUACUUCUCUUACUGAGGCAGCUGUAUACAGUAUAUAGUAUACUGUAGAUAUUUACAGUAUAAAUGUAUUUUUUUAUAACUUAAUAAAAAAAUUUAAAACAAUCGGCCGAUUAACCGGUAAUCAGAUUUCCCCCCCCUAAUAAUCGGUAUCGGCCCCAAAAAAUCCAUAUCGCUCGGGUCCUACUGCAAAUGCAAAAAAAUGUACAAAAAAGCCCAAAACAUAUGAAUUUAUCGAUGCAUGCUGCGUAUAAAAACAUGCAGUGGAAAGCCUGGAUGUGCUGCAAAGAUGGAAACCAUUCAAGUGUCAAAAAAAAAAGUUAUCAUGUUAGUUAGUCAUGUCCAGUUAUCACAAUAGAAGAUGUGAGAGGCAGUAAACCAUAUUUAUAUUUGAACUGAGGAGUUGUCUCCUUCAUUUGCGACUUUGUACAAGUUCCUCAUCGCCUCAGUUUCUGUUCUGGUCACCCUCAGAGUGUAGUUAAACUGAACUAAUACCUCCUCUGGAAUCAGUGGAAAUUUUUGAUUUGUUUGUUACUUUCUAAGACACAGAAAUUGAUUUUUUUACUCACUUAUUUAACAAUAAUAUUUAUUCAGUUUCUACUAAGCCUGUCCUACUAAAUUCUGCUCACUACUCCCACAAACCUCUAAGCAGCAGAUUAGUUUAAGACUUCUGAGGUGUAAAAAUAACCAGAACCCAGCUGCUAUCAUAAUCCUCCUGCAGGUCUGGCAAACUUCCUCUUGAUUGACUUGUUUUGCAAUUGUUUUGUGGGUUUGAAUGUUAUUAACCGAACACUGUUUCUGUGCUGUUCUAUUUACUUCUAUAAAAACUUUUUCAGCAUGUUUUCCAUUUGCAGCAUGUUUCCAUCAUAGAAUUUGGUUUGGGUUAUUCGAAACGUUUUUUUAAUUUGCAUAAUCUCUUAAUUUGCUGCCUGUUUUGUUCUCAUGAGAAUCUUUGGGGUUGAAGCAGCACGUCUGCUCUUAUUGGCCACCGAAGAUUUGGACAAUGAAGAGGAGGUGAAAACAUUAAAACAGACCUGCAGACAAACCCCUGUGGAUCGGGGACCUCAGAGGGUAUUUCCCAAAUAAUAUCAGUAUUAUGCCAUACUAUUCCCCGAUCUGGGCGGGGUUUAGACGCAGCGGUGGUUAAAAUUAGGUCAGUUCAUUGAUGUUUUUCUUCGACUCGAGUUUUGAAUUGAACACCGAGCGAGAGCGAAGCGUCGCCGCAGCUGUUCUGUUCGAAUGAAACUGAAAGUCUCAUAACUGCUCUUUGUUUCAAACACUAUGCAAUAAUCAAAGAUCACAGUUCUGGCCACAUACUCAUCCACCCAUCCCUCUGCCUGUGGCCAACACUAUACAGUUCCAUACUGUGCUCUCCUUCUUCGAUGCCUUGGCAGCAAAUUAAGUUAAAGCCUGCAUGGAAAAAAGAAGCCCUUAAAUGUUGCCAUAUGCAGGAUUGCAUGGGAACUUCCUGAGGAACACAUGUUGUUCUGAGUCUCUCCAAGAGGUGUUGAGCCUGUGUAGUCUAUAGACUGAUUCUCGGUAUGGUGGACCACUCGAUAAUGAUAACACAAAACAGCGACUCAUGAUGGAGCAAAAUAUUUAGUAAAAACGUCAUAUUUAAGACUCGUCAGUUUCAAGCAGGGCAGCGCGGCUGUUGGAUACCAUGCGGCAUGUUACAUGAACCAUCAGCUCCGACUCUGUGUUUGGUGUUGAAGUGCUGACAUAUCUGAAUUUGACAUUUAUGUGAAACAUUUCACUCACCUGUCACAGAGUUGCUGCUGAGCCAACACGUUUUCACUGUGAAAGUUUGGAAACUGAAUCUUUUUCUACAACCACUAGGACAUUUUCUUGGACGAAUAAAGAAAACGGACAUGUUAGCAAUAUUUCCCUUAAAGGAAAUCCAGAACGCAGCAUCGUCCAAGUGUAGUAAAAAGCCUCUUUCAAUAAAAAAAUCCUUUGACUCUUCUUCUGACCUGCAGCGGUGUUGGCAGCGCCUUUAAAACGAUUCUCCUGCUGUCAGUUAGCGUGGGUUUUAAAACUUCCUCUCCACACCUGUCUGCUUUCACACUGCACCUUUAAAAACAACCAGGUGACACCUGCCUUGAGCAUCUUCAUGAUAAAAUUACCGUCAUAAAACAUCAACUGUGUGUCCUCAUUCAGUGGUGUUACCCUUACAGGAUUACUGGUUCUCUUUGGUCUUCAAGCGCCUGGUCGGUCCGAGGGUGUUAGCUGUGCGGGUGGCCGGACUGCAGAGAAAACCACAACCAGGACGAGUCAUACGAGACAAGCUACGCAUCUAUGCCCACUGUACCAGCUACUCCAAGUAUGUGCUUCUUCAUAACCACCUUGUGUUAGUUUAUAAGCUGCUUUUAGACGCAGCAACAGGAUAGGUUAUCAUAACAUGGCAGAGGAACGUGCUGCAAUGCUUCAAGAAUGUCCUUUAAGUUUUAGAUAAAAAACAGACCGCUGCUUUUGCACUUUCUCUGCUCCUCUGCUGUGUCCUCCUGAAAACACCUGAGGCUCAGUCUCUGGCGGGGGAAGAACAAAAUCCCUCUCUGACCCGCUGAGCUUCCCAUAAAUAAGCAGACAGCAGACACUCGCUCAUUCACAGCUCAGAGCCCUUAAAAACUUAACGGGUAUCACUUAUCAGGUGUGUGGGUUCUGUCUCGCUGUCGUCAAAGAGCCGCUGAAAGGUGUGCGAGGCCUUUAUCCCAUCUCGUAUUGGCUGGAGGGGGGUAUUUGAGGGGGAGGGGGAGGGACAAUAAGGCGGUCUGUGCCACCGUGGCCUGUUCAAGGUUAUCAUUUAACCCAGACCCAGUGGCUGUCAGCACCGGGCUAGACUUACUGCUUGACUCUAGACAGGGCUCGCUUACAGAUGGAGCAUCUCACAGACAAAUAGCAGAUAGAUGGUCGAAAAAUGGGAUUGCAUAAUUGACACACACAGACGCAUGAGGUCAGAUGACAUGUGAGCGAAUAUUUGAAAUAGUUUUCAUCAAGUGUCCUCAUGUAUCCCCCGGAAAUCUGUGUUCAACUUGGAAAAUGCCCAUUUACUUGCAGUUUUGUCACUGUCUGAGUGACUCUGAGUAUUUUGCAAGGUAGUAGUUGAAAGCUUGUGGUACCUGUUUGUCAAAUGUUUGUCAUUUUAACUUGAAAUAACACCUAUUGUCCCUCCUAUUAAAAGUAGGGUAGGCAGGAUCUGAGGAAGUGCCAGUUUUUGGGAGAAAUCUUGAAUGUAAACUCUACCCCUCCCAACCAGUUUUCCCCUCAGCUCCUCCUCUCCCCUCCCUCUCUGCUCCAGAAAGCCCCGCCCACAAACAGACGCUCCCGCUCGCUCGUAUCGUUCCGCUAAAAUUCAGAUAUAAUGCAGAUAAAUACUUCAGAUAAUUACAAAUGGGGCCCAGUCAAGGUGAAAGUAAAAAUCAUUGGUGCUACUGUAGAUGCCAACAGACUACCAGCAAACACAAUGUUUGCAGGACUUCUACAACUAGGAUAAAGUGACAUAGUCCAGGACCCGAGGUCAACAGUUUAGCGAUGGCGCUACAACACGCUACAGCAGGUCCGUUUGACAAGAAACACUUCUGUUACAGACACUUGUCUUACUUUGUUAAAGCGGUUUACCUGUCCAGCAGAAAGGUUACAGGGUCACCAAGAUCCUGAAGCGUCCCCCAUCGUUUUAUGUUGACCCGGCUUUUUUAGCUCUUGUCCGGUCUACCUCCGUUUUAAGCGCCCGUUAUUCCGCCAAAGUCUCUGCUAUUUACUCAAUUUUUUUGCUUGUGUCGGCAGUCGUGGCCAAAGGAGGAUUCAGACAAUUUUCCGAACUUUCUGGUUGGUUCCUACUGUCUGAUGUUGUAGCACGCUAACUUUUUUUGGGCUCGUGAACGACACGGUGGAGCAGCGUCUGCCUCACAACCAAUCAGGUUGGGGAGGUGGAGAACGGCUUUGUUUACAGUCAGAAAGAGCAGGCCAUUCAAAAAGUUUUAAAUGUUGACUACACAGGGAUAAGAGAACACAGAGAUGUCGUUAUAUUCCCAAAUGUCAUCAAUAACUAAUAUCUAUUGACUGAUAUUAAAAGCUUUUUUAUAUAAACACCACAAAAAAAGAUGCUUCUUUAACGGAUUCCUGCCAACCCCACCUUUAAGUGGCUAAGGUGAGGGGGUAGCCUGGGCGUCUGAUUGGCCACCGAGGUUGAAAUCCUUCACUGUGAUUGGCUAUUUGCCUUAUCAGAGCUAACACCUGUAUUGAAAUGAACCAUUGGUGUUGUGUUUUAACAGGCUGUUAGCAGCUCUGUUGCAUUUCAAGGUGGAACAUUUUCUUUUGUUGGUACUUUUAAAGGUGCCCCUGGAAUAAAAUCUUAUUUUAAUUCUAAGAUUUAAAUAUUUUCACUCAUUUAAAGUUAAAAAUGACAUAAAAAAUAAGAAUAAGUUUUGGACAAAGUAGAUGUGAUAAGUGGCAGUAACUCUUCCCCUCAUGUUUACCACUCCUGGCCUCGGAAAACUCAGCCCAGUUUCGCCACCCCAGUCAGAAAGUCUGGCUCCACCACCGCUCCCCUUCCCCAUCAUCCGCUGUCCUUAGUUUCUGAUCAUUUGGUUAAAGAUGACAAGUUGUUUGAUUUGUUUUAUAUACAAUCUGAAAACGUGAAACAAAGCAGCGCAACAGUGUGUUUGAGUUUCCCACACUGAGUGUUACAUCAGCCGUGUGAAAAGAGGGAACGGCUGGAGGUGGCCUUCCAGCUCACCUCAGCAUAGCGAUCAGCUCUGGAGAUGAUCAGACAGAGAAGCGCUAACGCAGACCCUUUUGAAUCUAAUCCAUCUCGCCAUUAUUUCUGCCACUUUGUGGUCGUGCACAGUUCAGCUCUUAAGUGGACGAACCAUUGUAGUCUUAGUGGUUUGGCUGUUUCGAACGAGACGGCAGAGAGCUGAAAUGUACUCAGGCAGACAGCGGUUUGAAAAGUCUUAGCAGUUUAGAUAUUUGACUUUCACUGCCCUUUUACCCCUUUUAGUGGUUUGCAUGGAGUUUUUUUUCCACUUUGUUUCCAGCAAUGCUUCGACAUCAAACGGCAUCAACACAUGUUUAUGCUCCUGGUUUGGAUCUCCAAGAACUUCAUCAUUUGAAAGGCCUGAGGGGUCAUUAUCUCGGCCUCCAUCUCACCGUCUGAUGCACAACUCAGGGGCCCGUCUCUGAGAAAUCUGGACUGCGGCUCCAAGAGUUUAAUUCAGAGCCAGCCUCACCGCGUCCCCGUCCCAUCUACAGAAUGGGACUUCUUUAUUCCUCUCAGUAAACAUAUUGAAGAUUAGCAGUCCUGCAGCGUUAAUACAAUAAAUUUCUCACUAAAAGAACGGAGAUAAGCAUCAAUCAAAACCCAAGAUGGCUCUGAGAUUGUGGGAGAUAUUCAGCCUAAGCCCGGGCCUGACCCUGAACACCAAGGCCCACAUGUGUUAUUCACUACAGCUGUGUUGUCUUUGUCCUCAUAUCGGAGCCCGUUAUUAGAUUUUAUCAUGUUUGUCUUAUCUCUCUCCUUUAGUUAUUUACCUCUGCCCAGUAUCCCUAUCAAGUUGUGUCCCCAGUGCAGCGCUCUCGGGGGAGAGACUCAAACAUUGUUGUCUGUGUAACUCAAGAAGUCUGGCCCGUCGUGUUCACACCCUCCAUCAGACUCUCAACCGUAGAGCAACAGGUUUUUACACUGGAAACUGUACGGGAGAAGCAGAUUUGGUGGCAGAUAGUCUUUAUGGAGUUGAUGAAGGCUUUGGAAAUGAAAUGUGGUUUAUUAUGGUUUAUGUUGUAUAUAGAUGAUAAGUAUUAGACUCAUGAUAAAGAACAUUUCUCUGCGUUAUGAAAUUCCUUUCCUUAAUCUCACUUUCUUAUUUUUCUGAGAACCUUUUGAUCCCGAUUAGAUCAAGAAGUUAAUGUUUGAUCGUAUUACUAAGAGUGAUGACAAUGUAUUAUCAAAGACUUCCCUCUCUUUGUAGUCAUCUUUAAUUACGGAGAAGUUUAUUACAGAUGGCACUGCACUUUAUAACGAAUCCUGCUGAACAGAUGUCAGGAUAUUGUCUCUGUUUUUAUUUGUUGUAAAGGUAAAACAGUCGUAAUGUUCUUCAUUUUCUCUUUGGUAACAGUCAUAACUACGUGAGAGGGUCCAUAACCAUCUACAUCAUCAACCUCCAUCGAUCGCGGAAGAAAAUCAAGUUAGCGGGAACGUUACGGAACAAUACAGUUCAUCAGUACCUGCUGCAGCCUUUCGGCACGGACGGACUCAGAGCCAAGUUCGUUUAUUUUUUUAGUAUGCACACUUGUGGUAUUGUUAAAUUGUCCUCUGUUGGAGGUCUUCUUAUUGAAGAUACCAUCCAAAAGAAAAUUUAAACAUGUUUUUUUUCACCUUUAAUGGUAAUAGCUGCAGCUGUUUUUUAAAAAAAAUCAUUAUUUCUGCAGAGAUCUGAGAGGUAUUAUGGCACAGACUGAGUCUACUUAAAAUGUCAUCAACAACUUAAUACAUCUUUAAUUGUUGGUAUUUUUCCAAACUUUAUCGCUUGCUAAGUACAUAACCCGCAGGGAAUAAAUUUCAUUAUAACAGUAGGUGGUUAGCUUGAGUUGUAUAAGUCAGGCGGAGUCGGUAUGUUCACACACUGAAAUACAGCAACUACACAUCUGUGAUAAGAAGAGUAAAUAAACACAUAAAAAAUGUGAAAGUCUGUGUUUCAAUAAAACUUCUUCCCUUUUAAACUUGGAUUAAAGAUUACUCGAGACAGAUUAAUAAUUUGGAAUAAAUGAGAACAUAUAAAACACACUUUAGCUGAAAAGACCUACAGCAGUGGUUUUGUCCCCCGGAUUUUCACAUCCUUUAAACUUUCAAUUCUGCUCAGCUAAGUUUGAAGUAUUCCAUAUGAUACCAUGAGGUAAUUUAGCGCCUAAAUCUCGACAAUCUCCCUCAAAAUUGAAAGUUUACUCUCUCAGUCUCUUCCUGUCUUGCUGUAAGCCUGCGCCUGUUAUUCUGACUCAGUCUUAAGCCUCAAAUCCUGAAAUAACAGCCUAAUGACCUGUGUCUGUGUGCAAGUGUGUGUGUGUGUGUCCGUGUCAUACGAUACCUACACACAGCCUUAAUUGAGGCUCAGGCAUGAUCCUUCAAUAACAGCAUAAUGACGGAGGAUGUUUUAGGUGUUAGAACAGGAUUGCAUGGCAAUUAAUCGAAAAGCGGGCUAACGACGGGCCUUUUCAGGCUUUAAGUGCUUUCCUUUACCACAGGCAGCACGGGGAGACUUUAUGAAGAAUUUACCAACACCAGAUGUCUAUAAAUUUGUCUGAGUAGUGUGACUUUUUAAAGCUUGCCAAGUACUCAGGUCUCAGCCUCAGGUCCGUGCACGUUAAAGGAAAGCUUUGAGCGAUCCAGAUUCAUAACUUUUCCUUAUUGAGCAUAACCUCUUUUGAUAUUUUAUUAAAUUUAAGGUUCAACGAAACUCUUAUUAAAUCAUGAACUUUACAAUGCCGCCAUUUAAUAUCGCAUGUUUACUAAUAGCAGCUCAAGCUUUAAGUUGAAACAUAUGUGCGAAAGCAAAAAAAAAGCAGAAAAACUGUAUAAAUGUCUCUUAAAGACAUGUUUUAAUGUAGGUUAUAUAAAAUAACAUAUCAAUACUCACAGGCCAUUUACUUUAAUAUAAGUUUAGAUUUUAGACGUGCUUUUAAAGUUAUGUUAGAAGAAAUUCAGUGUGACUGUUUUGCAGAAGGAAUCAUGGUGUAAAAUUCUGCUGAUAGUCAAUAUUCGAUCAGUCGAGGUUAACGCUCAAUUGAUAUUUUUGUUGAGCAGUGUAACUUAAACUUUAUUAAUAAUGUACUUUAGUUAUUUUUUAUAUUUUAUGAAGUGUUUUGUAAUGAUGAAACCAUAAAAAAAUAAAGCUAUACAACAAUUAAAAGAGAGAACAAAAAGGGUUCUAGUUAUACUUUAUGUAAACACUUAAAAAAUUCCAGGUAACACAGUCAUGCAGCUGUGCAACGCAAUUUUGUGGCAACAGCACCCCCAAGUGUACAAAUGACAGAAUCGUAGCUCUCCAGGACUUUCUGUGUUUCCAGAUUUCACAUAUUUUCCCAAAUUAGCAGACUGGAAGCUUUGAUGAUGGUGCAGUGAGGUUUCACAGACUGUCUCUUGUUUACUCCUCGGCGCAGAUACGUCCAGCUGAACGGGGAGAAGCUGCACAUGGUGGACAAUGAGACAUUUCCAGAGUUGAAGCCUAAGACACUGAGGGCGGGACGGACGAUAGCCAUGCCUCCUAUGACCAUCGGCUUUUAUGUGGUCAAAAACAUUAACGCGUACGCCUGCAGGAGAUAA